GUUCCACUCGCUGGGCAAAGCCGGGGCGUGGGCGCGGGUGGCGUGAGGGGAGUUGUGAAGCGGCGGAGCCAAGAGGGCAGGGCACCUAGCGAGACCCUGAGGUAAGUGGCGAGGGCGUCAGUCAGGACACGGGGGCAGAAGGGACAAGAGGCCACUGUGUGAAGAGACGCUGUUGCGCCGGACACUCUGUGGGUGUCUCUCUCUCUCUCUCUCCGUGUGUGUGUUUUGCUUUCGACUUUUCUUCCCCUUCGCUCCUGAGGUUUUGAACGGAGCUCACGCCGAGCUUUCUGGGGAACGUCCUUCACGUCUGACGUGGUGCCUUCUCGACCGAGAGUGGCGCUCGCUCGCUCGCUCGCUCUCCCGCCUCACGCGCUCCUCUCGCCUGGAUCGGGACUUUCGCCCUCACAGCCUCCCCGCGCGCGAGCCAGAGCGCGCGCAGAAACGACGCCAGGCGAGCGGCCACCGCAGAGCCCGCCGCGCUCAGGGACCAACGGCGCGAGACUUUAUUUUGCUUUUUUGAGGGGAGGCAUCUUCGCUUUGGAGCUUUGAGAAAGGUAAAAAAAAGAGAGAGAAAGAGAGAGAGAGGAAAAGGUGGGGAGAGAGGGAGGGAGUCCCGUCAAGCUGCUCUCAACAAAUAGAGCAUAAUCUGAAGGCGCCAGUUUUCCUGGGAAGGCUCGAACUUCGUGUGAGGGAGGACUUGGAACCAACUUUUCUCCGUUGGUGUGAGGCGUGGAGCGCUCAGGGAAUAGGGGUUGCCAUCCCGCCCGCCCCUUCUGACAGCUCCUCUGGCUUUUAACAGAUACAAAGACAGGCAGGAAUUAAACAGAUGCAAUUCACCUCAGUUCUGUGCUGGGGAAAUCUUUACCACUAGGCAAACCUGUAUUUCAUGGCUGGGGAACCAGUGGUCAUCUAUAUGACGUUGGGCUAUAUAGCUCCCAUCUCUGAGCAUUGGUCAUGCUGGCUGGGGGCUGAUGGAUGACAGCAUCACAUCGGGUUGGACUAGAUGAUCCUCAGGGUUCCUUCCAACUCCACAAUUCUAUGAGUCCAACCACAGUUCUAUGCCCCUGCGUAGGAUAGCCUUCUGUGGAAUCUGAGGUAGUGUUGAGAGAUGAAAAUGGGGUGUCAAAUAUGAUUAACCGUUGCCGCUGCUCACAUUGACCACGUUUAUUACCACAGUGACAGCAAUGGAAGCAACAGGAAUUGUAAACUUCCUAAAGCAAGGGCUAAAAUAAUUUGGACAUGUAAGGAAGCAGAAUGGAAGGAAAGAAACAGGAACCCUAGUGAACUUUCACAUCUCUGAAGGAACAUGCAUAAUUUCACACCUGGCUGGGACCACUGAGUCUAGAAGAGCCACCACUCUCUGCUUCAUUUCCCACACUGGGGGAAGGGGGAUUUCCAUUCAUGCCAGUACGAUAGGGUGAUCUUGUACCUCAGUACAAGAGGUAAUUAAUCUGGGUGAAUAAAUUAUAUUGCAUGACAAUCCUCCUGAGAGUGAAAAGCUUUCAACGAGUGGAAGUCCCUAGCUUGGUUUGUCACCAAGAUGAGUUAGCCCCCUACAGUUGGCAGCAUUUCAUGGGAGAAGGAAGGGAUGCAUGGAUAAGUACCUUUCCUGAACAUGCACGACAAGGAUGAAAGGGGCAUGAAGAAGUUUACACUUCUCGCAAGUGCCAUCCUCCCUUGCACUUUAGGGAUGACUGUAGCCUCCACAAUGUAUUUGUCCGCAACACAUUAAAAUGGCAUUAUGGUUUAGUCCCAAAUGUGUUGCAUAUUUUUCCAGCACUGAGUUACUUAUGAUCGAAACUUAAAUAAAUUAUCAAAAGGCUGUUAUUGGAUGAUAGUAGUAGACUCACGGCAGUGUUAUCUCAAGAACCCUAAAAAAGUAUUUGUUGCUUUACUUUCAUGUUAAUAAUAAUCCGAAACACACAUUCCAAAACUGACAGUUUUGCAAGAGUUGGGUAGAUGCAGGUCUUGGAAUCAGUAGUGCAAGCAAUGUGUAAAUGAGAUUAAUGUAUGUAUGAUUAUAAUCUCUAGAAAGUCCACAUAUGUUGCUGGUUGGAUUUUUCAAAGUGGAAAAGUCAUGUAUAUAGUUUCAAUGGGUUGUUAUAAAGACCAAAUAAAUCCCAACAUAGUUUCUCUGAAUUCUAAACGUCAGUUGAAAAUAAAAAGAAUUACAUGAAAUGAAACACAUAUGUUACACUCUGUGAUAAGAGCUUAAUGGAAAAGUUAAUAACAGUGAGUUUAAUAUUUUCAAUUUGAAACACUUUUAGUGAGAGUAAAAAGCAAGAAGGUGGUAGCAAAAUGAGAGCUUCAGUUAUUCUGCUCUGGACAAAUUAUAUAUGAUGUGAUGCAAUGUGCCUUGUAAUGCACAUUCCCAGAGGAUGAAGGAAUUGGUUGGUAUUAUUGUGCCAUUCAAAUAACUAUAUUCUCAAAAGUCAGGUUUUUUGCAUAUUAAAGUUACAGGCUGACACAAUGAGCUGUUAAAAUGGAGUAAAAUUUAAGCCAGGCCUAGAUGCAUGAGAUCUCUUUAGCUCAAUAUAUUUAGCACUUUCAGGUUUGCAAAUGCAUUACAUUUUUUUCUUGUGCAUUCUUGAAACUCAUUCAGUUGUGCUGAACAGCACAAAAAGGGCACAUUUCAGCAAAGUUGUGUCUUUUUUCAGUUGCACUAGUUUCAAGAAUUUGACUAACUCUUCCAUUGAAACCAGCACAUUUUGAAAGUGCUUAAUUCUAAGCAUGAAGGUAAGUGGGUGUUACUCUCCAAGUCGCACUGACUCUUAGUUUUGCUGUACUGAGCUGAGGUGGGAGACCAGGAAGGCAGAAUUAGAGAGUGGAACUCGUCCAAUGUUUGAAUAAUAGGUGGGGUUUCUAUUCCAGCACAUUUCUUUCCAAAAGUGCUGAAGCAGGAUGCAAAGUAAAAUUCCCUGGAUUCCCCCCACCCCAUUUAUCUUAGCACUAUACAAGCAAUGAUCCACAUCCAGGUGAUGAGGAAAUAAGCUUAAGAUGUUAGCUGGGAUCAGCUUUGUGUUGUUAGUGGAGGCUGAUAUUCAGCCAGCAUCUGAUGGCCCAGCUCGCUUCAGUUCAGUGAGCAAGAACUAUUAAACUGCAAUGCAUACUCUUAAACUGACAAGCCUUGCAAAAUAAAACAACAAGCUCAAAUUCAGUAUUGAAGAAAUGCCUCCUUCAAAGAAACAAGUUCUAAAACCUUCAGUGGUGCAAUGAAGAAACAUCUGCUCUGUGUGGCACAUAGGUGCCAAGAGGAUUGUCUUUCUAAUUAGCCUUAAUGCCCAAAAAGUUUACAUUGAAUAUGAAGUUUUUUAAAAAGUGGGUCGGGGGUGGGGAGAGAGAGAGAGAGAGACCUUGUUGUUGUAAAGUAGCAAUUUAGCCCCACUGUAUCUAUAUUCUGAUUCAGGAAAGAAAAUUAAAAAAAUGGUAAAAAGAAGAACCAGAAGUUCAUGAGAAGAUAAGCAAUGUAAAGAAUAGUGUCCUAUUCUAAUGGAAUCAGUGCAAUGGUACUCAAACUUAGGGUGACAAAUACUGUAAAGAAUACAAAUUAGUGUAGGCAGAAUUUGGCCCAUAAAGUAGAAAUCUAAUAGUAAGCCAUAGUUUAGUGGAAUUUGAGCUUAUAAUUGAUUGGACCAACACUAGCAUUUUAAGGACACUUCAUGGGAGGAUGGGUUAGAAAGCUGAGCCAUGGUUAUAAAAUGACAUGUGAGAGAAGUAUGAAACUGCCCCAGAAUCCUCUGUGCUGUGACAUGAUGCUCAUAGGCUUAGUCUCACUUUCUGUUAUAGCAGGGCCUGACCAGGUUGGUUGGACCAGGAAAGAGUUAAAGCAGAAUUUCAUUUGGUGGGCCCAUCAGAGGUACAAAAACUUAACAGUCAGCCUAUUGGCUUUGCCAACCAUUCCUCAUCCUCAGUGUGUGCAAAGGUGAUGCAGAGUUGCCUGUUCUGUUUCUCAUUUAACAUUUCUCUAACAGGGUGUCACCACAGCAUUAGUCACAUUUCCCAAUGUCAGUCAUAACCAACCCCAACCUAAAUUCACACUAGGAGACCACAGACCACACCUGUGCUGGCGAACAUCACUCCUGUCCUAUCCAACCACAUCAUCACCUGACAGAGGGAAUACGCAAAAAACUGGGUAGGUGGGGGAGUGCUUGGAGGGAAAAAGAGUAAUCAAAACAGUAAAAAAGAGGCCACAAAAAGAAAAGGAAAAAUAACCACUCCUUCCUUUUCCUUGAAGUACUGUAGGUUCCUCAAAUGCACCAAGAGGAACAUGAGGAAGAACGGCAGUUGUUUGGAUACAUUAGGGCUGUGUUGUAGAUCAUGGGGAGGGAGGCACCUCAUUCCAGCAAUGCUCCAAACAGUAAUUCGGCAUUCUAAAUAGUUUUCAGUGUGUAGGGAACACAGGAAGAUGACUUAUCUGCUUAGCUGCUGGGGAGCAAAACCUUGUAAGCGAGUUUGUGGGCCCCCAAACUCCUUAAUGAGUCUCUGGACUCUGGCCAAAAGUUGACAGCUUCUGGCAUUGGCCUUAUGUGACUCUGAAAACCACACCAUGUGUUAAUUUUUCCAGUGCAAUGAUUCAUAAAUGCUUUUCAGAAAAUCAUAACUGGGUAUCUAUGCACAAGUGUAUAGACCAGAAUUAUUGUACAUAUCAUCAGUUUUCCAGUGUGUAGGAAAAUACUUCUUGUUCAGAAGAAUGAAUAUGCAUGCAUGUGCUUGCUUACCUCUUGUCUGCUGUGAGAAGGUUAAAAAAAACCCAACAACCCCAAAACCUAUAGCCACCAGUGGGAGAACUGUGCUUGUUCCACACUUCUCGUCCACAUGACCUGUCAUUACCAACUUCUUAACACUAAAAGAGUAUAUCUAAACUACACACGCUAUUAUUACAACCAGUGUCUAGGAAGUAUGUGGUGGAAGAGGGGGGCCGAAGGAGAUGGAACACCAAGGGAAAGGGGUGUAUGGGCAAUAAAAGCAGUAUGUGGAAUCUGAGCUUGCCCCUCCCCAUAUCCAAAGUUCACAGUCUGAGGCCUUGUCCACACCAGAGCUAAAUGUGUAUUUUUACCUUCCUGACUCUUUUUUCAUUAAUGUUGGAGCAUCCACAUGAUAUCCUCCCCAUCCCAGUGUUGCACCAGACCUCCUCUCCCCACCCCCAUUUAAAUGCAGGGUUUUCUAUUGUGGCCAUUUCAGGCUUUCUGUGGAUUUGGAAAACACUGCAUUUAAAGGGGAAAAUGUCCACUAGGGCAAAAGGUGGAUUUGCACCCACCUGUCUGUAGGGGCUGCCCCUACAUUAAUGGGCAGGCAGGCAGGCGCAAAUACACAUUUUGCCCUAAGAUGACUUGUUUCACAUUUUCUGCAUCCUGUUCUGUACCCUGAAAGAUUCUGCUGUAUAGACAGUAUUCUGCUUCUAGACUGACUAGUCUGUUACAUGGGUUAAGUUUUCAGUCCUUCUUGACUGGCAACUUAUUCUAUAGCUUUCUAAACAUACCAAUAAUGUAGCUCAUUUCUAAGUCUCAAGACUGAGUAGUCAGUACUUGGAACAAGCUCUACUUAAGGGUACAAUUGUUAAAGGAGAAAAAUGGCACACAAACCUUUUGUUGUUCAUGCUAUUGUGCCUUUUAAAGUUUUGGUUCUGAAUUCUCUAUGAUGAAAAUAAGCUCUGAUGAAAAUAAUGAUGGGAUACAAUGUGCCAAAAAUCCAUGGGAUCAAUGAUGUCCACUCACUUGUGCAGUGGAAAUCCACUUGUGCAACAUAGCUUCCAGAUUGUCUUCUCCCCGCUUCCCAACAGUUCAGUGAAGCUUUCUUCCUGUAUGUAUCACUAGGAUCAAAGACCUGAAGAUUGUUCAGAGUUGGCUUGCAAGCCAUGGGAAGAAUUAAAAGCAUCUGCAAUAAUAUUUGCCUCUCUGCUCAAGUGACAAUUAAAAUGCCUUAAAACACUGAAAGUAGAUUCACUUUUUAUUUAUUUGACAUUUGAAAAUCAGAAAUAUUGUCUGUCAAAAUAUAUGUUUAAAAUCCUUUUCAAUUUUGUAAGGUGUUUAAUUGAAUCAUUUUCAGCUCACAACCCUUUUGUGUUUCUACUAAGCAGUGGCGUAGUGUGGGGGGUGCAGGGGGGGCCGGCCGCACCGGGCGCAACAUCUGGGGGGCGCGCGCUCGCACUCGCAGCUCUCUGCCCCUACCUGGCUUGGGUAGGGUUAGGGGGCGCAAAUUACUUGCCUUGCCCCGGGUGCUGACAACCCACGCUACGCCACUGCUACUAAGGAAUUAUUAGACAUUCUGGCUUCACAGCUUGCAACUGCUACAUGCAGGCAUGUGCUUGAAAAGGCAGCUUGUAAUUUGUAGGUAACAAAAUGUUCUUUUUUGGGGGGGGAACCCCACCCCAAAUGUAUUUGGAAUUUUAGUCAAUGGUGCUUAAGCAGGAUUAGAGGAAACAGCUGGCUAAACAAAUAUUGGGGGCAGAGUGGAUGCAAUGGUAUAAAUUAAUAAUGUUGGUCUUUAUUUAUGACAUGAAUGGGAGGUUUUGUGGCAGUAUAAUGUAUUAACCAUGGUCAUCAUGUGCCACCUAGUGGAUCUGACAGGAUUUUACUACCUUAAAAAAAACGUUUUUCUCAAAAAAAAUUCCACACUUCUGUAGCCAAUCCAGCAUAUAAAUGAACUUUUAACAAGUAAUUAACAGCUCCUGGCUGGCUUUAUUUCCUCAAGAAAUUACAGUUAUUUCCACUAAUAAUAACAUUAGUUUAACGAAGCAGGGCAUUUAUUGUUCUGUUGCUAAUUCCAAGGGUUUAAGUCACACCACACAUACAGGAACAGCAAUGGCUUUAUCUGAAUCAAGUUUUAGACAUUCAUAUAAAAAAUGCCAAUGAUCAGAGCUAAUGCCAAUAAUGCUUUCAAAACUUCAUCGCAAAAAUGAAAACAAUGCCUGUCAAAAAUAAUUGUGUUCCCCUUUCAAACUUUGCUGACAAAAGGCUUAACCACCUUUAUAGCAUUUCCCAAGAUUAUCCCACUCUUUGCAAUCAUUGUCACCUCUUUUUCUUCUCUCCUCCUUCUCUGAUUUUGCUCUUCAUUCUGUCAACUUGCAUGCUGUGUUAUAUUUCCUCUCCCCUUUCGUUUCCUGGCGUGGUAAACUUGGCUACAAACCAGGCCAAAUUCUGGUUUUUAUAAUGGGCAUAAUCUUCUAGACUCGCCCCUUUUAAUUUAUGAACAGCCCAAUUUGAUACAGGCAAAUUGGAACAGAAUCAGAGGAGGGCAAUGAAGUUGGCCAGUGGUAUGGAAAACAAUCUCCAUGAGGAGCUGCUGAAGGAACUGUAGCUAGGAGAAGAGAACCCUGACUGUCUAUUACAUGGUAGAGGGCAAAGAUUUGUUCUUUGCUGCUGCAGAAAGCAGAACUAGAUCUAACACACUUCAGUUGCCCAGGAAGAGAAAUUUGAUAAUGGAACCAAACACCUAGAGGGUUGUUAAGCUCCUCCUCAAUGGAGAAUUUUUCAAGCAGAGUUUCAGCAGCCACAGGUUGGAAAUGCAGAAGCUCCAGAUUUCCUGCAUCCAGAAAGGGUUGGACAUUACAUGGCCUAAAAGGCCUUCUCCAACUCAUAGGUUAGGAGUUACAGUGGUACCUCGCAAGACGAAUGCCUUGCAAGACAAAAAACUCGCUAGACGAAAGGGUUUUUUGUUUUUUGAGCUGCUUCGCAAGACGGAAACGUCUUGCAAGUUUGUUUCCUUUUUCUUAACACCGUUAAUACAGUUGCGACUUGACUUCGAGGAGCAACUCAUAGAACGCGGUGUGGUAGCCUUUUUUGAGGUUUUUGAGGACUUUGGUGAUUUUUGAAGCUUUUCCAAAACUUUCCCGACACCGUGCUUCGCAAGACGAAAAAAAUCGCAAGACGACAAAAUUCGCGGAACGAAUUAAUUUCGUCUUGCGAGGCACCACUGUAUGCAAUUAUCCAUAAAUCUACAGUGGUGCCUCGCAAGACGAAAUUAAUUCGUUCCGCAAGUUUUGUCAUCUUGCGAUUUUUUUCGUCUUGCGAAGCAGCUCAAAAAACAAAAAACCCUUUUGUCUAGCAAGUUUUUUGUCUUGCGAGGCAUUCGUCUUGCGAGGUACCACUGUAUUCAUGUAUUUAAAGUAUUCUAGUUGCUUUUUAGAGCUACAACAAAACGACGUUCACACGGGAGCAGGGCAAGAUAAAAAGAUUUAACAGCCACAUUAGCAAGCAUACAGGAAUAAUUACAAAGCUGCUCGGUAGCACCUUAGUUAAUUAUGACUCAAUAAAAGGCAGCAUUGAAGAAGAAGCUCUUUAGCGCUCACCUAAACACCUGUGCAGUUGGGGCAAGACACAACUUGAGGGAGGGAGUUUCUGCAGUUCUGGGGCUACCCCUGAAGUCUACUGCAUCUUCAACUGAAUCCCACCUAGUAAACAGUCUUCACAGCCUAUAGCAACAAAUGGAGGUUUUGGAGAGCAGGAAAUUCUAGAAAGAAGCUACAGCUAUGAAGGCUCCUUCUGUUGGUUAGAAGCUAUACAGGGGUGCAAGGCAAGUACAGUGGUAUCUCGGGUUAAGAACUUAAUUCAUUCUGGAGGUCCAUUCUUAACCUGAAACUGUUCUUAACCUGAGGUACCACUUUAGCUACUAGGGCCUCCCGCUGCUGCUGCUGCGUGAUUUGUGUUCACAUCCUGAAGCAAAGUUCUUAACCCAAGGUACUAUUUCUGGGUUAGUGGAGUCUGUAACCUGAAGCAUAUGUAACCUGAAGCAUCUCUAACCCGAGGUACCACUGUCGUUUCUUAAUGUAGACACUUUAUGACUCCCUUCUCAUUUAUAGUAAGCCUAUGGAUAAUUGUUUUAUAUAUAAAAUAUUCUACCAUUCUAUAGGGACAGGGUUAGGUGGCCUGUGAAGCUCUUUUUCAAUACUAAGAUUCAGCAAUACUUGCAAAAUACAAAACAUCACAAGUUUAAUUUGGAUUUUGGUUACAUGGGAUGGGGAGAUGAAGGAAACAGCAACACUGCCACUAUGUGAAAAGAUUCCUUGCCCCCUUUACUCGGCUUCAGAACAGGUAGCUUUCCUUUAAUUAAUACAACAGAGGAAAUCCUGAACAUUACUGAUUGCACUAAAAUCAAACAUGUAAAAGAGGCAGUAGGAACAAUCCGCCUGAAGACCAUUCUGAGUGCUUGGAAAACUUUUUAAAAACCAAAACCAUAACCCAGAGCUAUGUGAAAUAUUACUUUAAUAAGCUGCUGGUAUGAGCUAAUGGCUGAAGUAAGCAAGAGUUUUCCUUUCUCACGAGAAAGGUGAAAUUUGGAAAAUGCAACAGUGCUUCAUAAAAUGCAAGCAGAUAAUGGGGCCAAUAUAUAUAUAUGAUUUCAUAGUUCAUGGGUGGAGACAAGAGAUCUUUAACAGAAACAAAAUUAAUAGCUCAGGAGACUGUUACCAGAUACUUGCCUCCUGCUUAGAAAAUAAAUGUCAAAUUGACAUUUUAUCUAGUAGCAAGGGACUAUUAUCUUGCCACGGCAUUCCAUUAACAAAAUCUUUUAAUUAUUUUAAAGGCUAACAGAAUGACAGUGGAGACAAGGUAGAUAAAAUGUGUGCAUAGCAGAUUGUUGAGUAGCAAAAGAAACAAAUGCUAGCUUGGGGGAGGGACAGAGAUUUAGUAGCAUGAAUUGCUGGAGAGCACAAGCAGGGAGAGUGCUGUCAGGUUACCUGUCCUGCUAAUGGGCUUUGCACAGGCCACUGUGGGAACAGGAUGCAGGGCUUUUCCUAUGUUCUUAGCACGAAUAUAGGAAUGGCAGGUGUUCUUCUACACCAUUAACAUGGUGGCGUGUGGUGUGCAGCAAAAGCUUGGGCAUAUUGGCUUCCCUUGGUCAUAUUUUGCCACUUCAGGUAUGAAGCCUCAGAUGAGAUGUAUUUAUCCAAACACUUAAUAUAGAGUCACUGCUUGAUACAAGUCAGACCAAUGAGUUACAAGCACCAUAUGGGAAGCCACUGCAUGGUAGCUAUAUAGUGUGUGUCACUAUGGAGAUUCUUUUUUGAGUGUUGCAUGCCAUAGAGAGAGCAGGUAGAGAGGCUAAAGUGAGAAUGCAAUGGCAAUUCACAGUGCUUCAGAUUAGAAUGGUCUGUAUUUCACAAUCAUAAAGUGGAGGCCAUGUGGUAGAAUAUAAUCAUAAUCACUAGUUUAUUUAUAUCAUAACAAUAAUAUCUAAGGAGUUCAAUAUGGUACAAAUUAUACAAGGCUUGUAGUACUAGAGAAUUUUAAGGGUUUACAGUGUCUCAUGAGAACACAGGAAGGCACUUUAUUCUGAGCUAAACCAAUUUUCCGUCUAGCUUAGUAUUGUCUUGCUUUCCAGUCUCAAGCAGAAGUCAGUUACAUCCCUAUCUGGAAAUCUGAACCUAAGAGCUUUUGCAUGCUCUACUACUUGGAUAUCGAAGCAUGAUAUUAACAAAUAUAUCCUCCUUGCCAAAUUCAGGUUUCUGAUUAAUGCUAUCUCUUUAUGUACAUUAUAUUAUAUACAGACAUACACAUCCAUAUGCAUAUGUAGUUAUAUGCUUGUACAGAAUGCAUAAUGGUUUUAUCUGAAAACAAACCAUUCAGAACAUGGAGGUUGUUUUUGCUGUUCUUCCCGAUUGAGAGCCUAUUGUUUUAGCCUGUACACUAUUGCUGACUUAUGGUUCUUUGCAUACUGGCCAUAGAUUCCCAUUGAUUCGCAACUGGUACCUCAUUGUUUGCAUGGCUAGAGGCUGGUACCAACUGUAACUGUUUUAAAGCGCAUUUCCGAAAAGCUCACAUCACAAUGCAAACCUAUUCAUUUAAACACCAGUCCCAUGAAUAAAUGAUGCAAAACAUGGUGUCAGGUUUUGUACAACUAUUCCUGGAAGAGAAACACAAAUGUGCUUUUCAGAACUUGAUCAACAUAUUAGAGAAGCGUGAGAAAGGCAUUAGGAUAUGAAUGGAUUUUACAGUGUUGAAUGGAUACUGGUUAAAUUCAUUGGGUUGGUGGACCCAAAGUUUGGUUAAAAAUGAAAAAGAAGUUGUUUUCAAAGGAAUAUAGGUUGGAUUGUAGGAAAAUCAUGCUAUCAUACAUAUCUCACACUUGCACGUACUAGAAAGGAUCCCCACAGCGCUCAGUGACACCUUUUGACUUGCCUGCUCGUCCCCUGAUCGGUGGGCAUAAUGUUAAGAGGAACUUCAUGUGCCUCAACAUCAUUGCUUAUAAUGGAACAGUCAUGUGUGGGUCCAGUAGCCAAAGCCUUUCUCAAGGGCUGUACAUUUUUUUUUUCCUAUUUGAGCAAUUUACCCUUCUCCUAAGGUUACUUGGGUAUAAAGAAAAAUAUUGGUGCUGGAAAUUUAUCUCUCAGUCUUGAGAGACUAUUCUAUCCUGGGCUAUUUGUCCAACUCACAAAACAUUUUUGUGAUUGUGACUUAACAUUAUGCUUGGGGUUAUUUGGAAUUGUAGCAUACACAGGAGCUAGAAGAAUAUACCAUCUUGUAAAAAUCCAUGAACAUUUUGGAAAAUUCAACAUGCACUACCCUAUUGAGAAAACAGUCUUUAUUUUCUUUCUCCGUGUUUUAAAAUGUUUGACUAUCAUAUCCUUAUUAUGACUACCAUACCCUUGUUAUGAGGAACAUAUAAGUACCUAACAAUAACAAAAAAAUAUUUUGGCAUUGUUAGCUGAAUUAAAAAUAGUAUAAUAUUCAUCCAAAAUUAUGAACAUAGCAAAUCAGAAGCAAUAACUGAAUGGGAAUAUGAUUAUUAUUGGUGAAUUCUAACUGCAUGUUAUGGUUAAUUCUGCAUUAUUAAUUUAUAUAUAAUAGUGUACAUUGUGCUUCCACCCAGUGGCAUGCUCUUUUAUUGCAAGAUACAAUAACAGUUGACACUGUCAUUUCUGCUUGAAAACACCAGUUGAGCUUUUCAGAAAACAAAAAUUUCAGAAUUCCCAGAAAAUUAGGGCACAAUGUUAAUUUUACUUAAGUCACAGAAACCUAACAGUCAUUUUAUGGAAUUUUAACUGUACAAUUACAGAAAUGAUCUUACUGUUUUUAGUUUAUUGAGUAUGUGUCAUUUGUAUUUUGCCUCAUUUAAUCAUGCUAUACACUGCAUCAUUAGCUUUUAGCUGUGAGGUGGAUUAUAAAUGUGCAAGACAGAACAAGUAAGAUAGUUAAAUCCUCAAUACAUUGUUGCAUUUGUAUAAUCAGGAAAAUUCGUUUUUCCUUUGGUCCAUUGAAAGAUACUGCACCUGUGCUCUAGGGGUAACCAACUUGGUCCCCUCCAGAUAUAGUUGGACUCCAACUUCCAUAACCCCUGACCACUGGCCAUUCUGGUGUCCCAACAACCUCUGGAAAGCACCACAAGGGCUACCUCUGGCCUGGAUUACAGGAUCUCCUGAUUUAUGUGAGUGUUUCUUGUAGACUGUGCAGAUCAGACACAGUCAGACAAACACAGCAUUUGGGUGAAUGUGUGCAUAGUCUGGUUCAAAAUGGAAAUAGAGAGUAAUGGGAGUCAACAAACUGAGCUCCUUCAAGAUUUGCACAUGUUUAACCACAUUCUGGUUUCACCUUAUUUUUGAAGAUUUUUAGGAUGCGGCCUUUCAUGAUCUUGAUGCUUGAACCAUUCACAAAACAAUUCAUCAUAAAUUUAUGUUUAUGCCAUGGAAUAGUUUAUGGUGUUUAUCCAGUGGAAAAAGUCAACUUGUGUUUACUUCAAGCUUCAAAAAUAUGUUUGCAUGAAAUGCAUAAAUCAUCUUCAAAGUACCUUGGUCUAAAUAAGACUUGGACUUGAGGUUUUGUUAUGAACUGAUGGCAUUUCAAGCUCCAUUUUCAAUUAUAUAUUUGUUCUGCCUUUCUUGUAAAUGAUGUUUGUGACACAUCAGCUAUUUCUUUUGACUUAUGUUAGUAUGUUUGCUAACUCAGGAUCCUCCCCUCAUAAACUCCCUUCAGCAGUUAUUUCUGGCAAUGUGUGCCUUCGAACCUGGUUUUAGCAAUGUUUAUGCCAGUGUACUUGCUUAUUUGCGUGAUUUGUUUCCACUGAUAAACAGAGUAAGGCGAUUCCUAACCAUAGAUUCCGCUCGCUAAGAAAUGAGACUUUGUUUUUCACAUUCAAAACAGAACAUUUUCAACAGUAAUAUCUUAUGUCUUUGAAGGUUCAUUCCAACAUAGAGUCUAAUGAACUCAAAUUAGUUGCCCUAGAGUCACACAGUUAAUAGCAUAUGCAGGCUAAUAAUCCCUCUCAACUUUACACUGCCUACAAGGUGUAGCAGUAAAUUUGAGGUUGCAAUCAAUACUAGAAGACAAGGGGAAAAUACCCACUAUAAUCAAAAGCUCUUUCCUGCUAUCUGUUGUCAUAGCAGGGUAAGUUAAAAUUUAAGUUGCAUCACAGAAAAUGGGGAGAAUAUUGCUUCUCCAGUAUCAAAACAUGAUAUUCCCAAUGAAAAGAUAGUUGCUCUUGAGGCCCAUUGCAUUUAGCGGGUUUAAGUUAAUUGCACUAAUUAGUGCAGUGGUAUUAACUAUCUCUGGAGCAGGGUGUAAUGAUCUGUGGUACGCAGGAUUGUUAAUUUGGGAUGGAAUCUGAUUAAUAACAUUUCAGUAUUCUCUGGUUCAAGCAGGGCUGUCUUAAGCAUAUCCGGCACCGUGGUGCAAAGCUCCCUCUGGUGGCCUGCCCCCCAUUUCCCAGAGUUGUCCACCUUUUUUUAGGGAGGAUGGUGUUGCCAGUAGGGCUGGAGGAGGUGGGCAGUAUUUGGAGGGCGGCUCCUCUGGCGGGGAAGAGGUGGAGGCUGGACGCGGCGCCUCCCAACUCAGCUGGCCGCUUCGUGCCACGGUGGCCAUGGCAGACAGAGGCUCUGGGCGCGGUGCUGCUUCAGCGCUGCAUGGCAGAGGCAGGCAAGGGCAGCAAGCUGAUGCCAGGAGGCGCUGCUUCCAGCCUCCACCUCUUCCCUGGUGCCCUCCAGAACUUGGCACCCUGGUACCCCGCGCCACUAGCCUCUAUGGGUAAGACGCCCCUGAGUUCAAGAGUAGCAAACUAGUUGUUGGAGGUGCCCAGUCAGCCUGGUCAGUAGUCAGGGAUGAUGGAAAUUGUAGUCCAACAACAUCUGAAGUGCCACAGUUUAGCCACCCUGGCUGUAGUCAGUGUCAACCCAGGAUACACCUCUGACUCAACAAUAUUGGCAACAUUAGUGACAAAAUUACUGACAUCUAGCAAUCAUUAAUGUUCUCUUAGGGUUGCUUCCUAGCUCUAGGUUUUACCCAUUAAUUUAAGUGACCCUAUUAUUCAUGUUAUCCAAACAGUCAUUGUUAUAAUAUUCUGCAUUUUAGGAAACAGACUGAUAAAAAUCCAGAGUUUACAAUCCUUCAAAAUGGAUUGCUAUCAACAACCAAAGGUUGCCUAGAGGAAAUUAGGAGAUAAUGUGACUUGAAUAAAAGAUAGACAAUAGUCUUUCACUAUCGGGGGGGGGGGGGAGUAUUCUAGCACUUGCAGAAAUGUUGUCUAGUGUGAAACACAUCACUUCAUUUCAAAUCAGGUAAUACUGAUCUAAACAUUGGAGGCUUAUUUCCAAUAGGUAGAAUGAUCUAUUUAGGUGGCGCUAUUUUAUCUGAAGAGGUAUUCAAAGGGCAGAGCAAGAGUCCAAGCUAUGACCAUUGUUGGUUGACCCAGUUUAAUGUGCUGAGUCCUUGCCAGAACUGAAUUAGAACUGACAGGAUGAGGGGAACCUGUCAUUAUCAGAUGUAAGCUCCAUGCCUUGAGAGGAGUUCACAAUUCCAUAAAGGUGCAGACUAACGAUGUCCUCAAUCCAUGCUGAUACUGCCAGUGCUGCAAGUGAUAGACCUAGAGGAAGCAUCACCCUUGCUCUGAAAGCACAGCACCUUCCCUCAGCUCCAAAUACCUGGGCAAAGUGGAAUACUAACUUGACUCCUCCCAUAUUUGCAAGAAAGAAGCCUGUCCACUGAUGAUGGGGCAGAGCGGGGAUCAGUAUCUUUCUAAGUGCAAGAAUGAAGUACAUCUAAAACACCACAGCUUAUUGUCAGUGAAAUAUAUGCAUUGGGCACAUGUAGUUUUGUUCCCAUCAAGAGUAUGUAGAAGAUAAUGUUAUCCAAAAACACAUCCCUCCUGUUAGUGAUAUUAGUGUGAUAGUUACAACACAGAAAGAAAAGCAAUUAAAUAAAAACAUUGCUGAUGAAUGCAUGGAAGUUUCAAGUCCAAGGGACCCACACUGACAACUUUAAGCUUGAAUCAAGCACUGAUGACACAGUAGAAAAGUUUCGGUGAAGGGAGGAUUUUUCUUCCUGCCUAAUACCUAGUCAGCAGCUUCUGAUUGGUGGGUUUUGGCUUCAGCCUCCAGUGUUGUCCCUCUGUGAAGCAGCAUCCCUACUUACAAGGGCAGCUGGUGAUAAUCUUUAACUUCAAAGUGACUGUAAAUAUGCUUGAUUACUUGGCAUGGCUGCAGAGCUCAGAAUAAUUAUUUGAAUGAGCCCAAUUCAAAUGCUUCUGGGAAAAGCAACUUCUUUAUUCUUCCUGAAAUAUAGAUGACACAGGAAUAAGUCAAAGAUACAGCUGCAUGAAAUAGAUAAGUUAAGGACUAGAAAGGUCAUGAUAUCCUUAAAAUACAGAUUUCGAUUUAAUACUAGCAGGAAUUUUGGCAGAAUUUCUUAUCAGGCAAAGGUAGUGAUAUUCCAAAUACAAUUCUUUUUCUGUCUCCUAACCCUCAGCCACAGGGAUUAAGGAUGCUUAGAGGUGAAUUUGCGAUACCAGCAAAUAGUUAGAAGGAGGCUUCACCGCCAAGGAAUUUGCAACUGCCAUUUCAAAAUUGCAGGUAUGCAUUUAAAAAAAUAAUAAUCAAAUGCUCAGAGCAACAAUGACCAAGGCAAUCACCUAAAUAUAUGCCAGUCUAGCAUGGGAAUCAGGAUAGCCACUCUUCCGCUAUUGCAGUAAAAGGGAUGUUAUAAUACAAACAGCAUGUGUAUGGAAUAUAUUAGCUCCUAAUUUCUUCCAAUAGCAAAGUAUUUAAUAAAGGCUAAUUGUAUAACUUUGUUAGAAUUCGUAUUUUGUUAGUUAAUUGUUGCUGCCAUUUAUUUGGAAUGUUUUAUUUUUUCCUGCAAUAUAAUUCUUCCUUCAUUUAGUUUUUAUUGGGUGAGAUCCACAGUAAUCUGGACCUCUUCUCCUGGGUUGGGUGAGGAGUUUGACCUAGGCACAGAGGUUCCUGCACCCAACUCUGCCAUGCUCUGAGUGCACCCACAAAAUGAAAUGAGGUGGGUAACCAUUGGGGAGAGGGGUCCUGGGUUAUGGAGCAGCCUUCCCACAGAGGUUAGACCAGCAUCAUCUUUGUGGCCUUUUGAGCACCAAGUGACUCUUCUAUUCAGACCUUUAAAUAAGCCAUGUCUAUCUAGGCCUUUCCAUUUUAAAUUGAGUUCUGCUUCAAUUUUGUUUCAGUUUUUAAAUUAAUUUGUUGCAGUUUUCUUGUUUGCUUGUUGUUAACAUUUGUUAACAAAUGUUAACAAAGGGACGCGGGUGGCGCUGUGGGUUAAACCACAGAGCCUAGGACUUGCUGAUCCAGCUCCCAUCAGCCUCAGCCAAUAUGGCUAGUGGUCAGGGAUGAUGAGAGCUGUAGUCUAAUGAUAGAUGGGGGGGGCAAUCUGACUACCCCUGGUCUAUGCCAUUGGUGCAGUUCUUCUCAACUGACUUGCUGGCAGAGUUCAUCUCAAUGGAAAAAAUUAUUUUCCUGGCUAUACAGACUAUUAGAGUGCAGUACAUUAUACUCAAGCAACAUGUGGGUGGCAGCACAUUGGCUACCCCAAGCUAGAGAUAGUUACUCUGGAUUGUUGCCAGACUAAAGAAAUAGCAAAGAAUUAGUUAAUAAUAAGGAGGAAUUUCAAAAAUAUCUUCCUGGCACAAAAACACACACCAUUCUUAGAAACAUAAAAGUAAACCCUACAAUAGAACUGUUAAAUAGGGUCUGUAAGCUGGAAAUGUCUUUCUGUGAUGGAAAGAUGACACAUGUCCCUCUGUGUCAACAUAAUUUUUCUCAAUAAAAUUUCAUUUAAGAGAUAUAAAUAGACACGUUAGCAGGGGUGAAUUAGGGUUGAAGUCUCUUUCCUUGAAACAAAUGUGUCUGCAAUUUGCCAUUUCUGGAUCAUUUGAUUGAAGGGUGGAAAUUAAAGCAUUUGUGUGCAGGUCAUAUGGGUGAGGAUAUUCCCGUUUGGAAAGAGUGGCUGUUCUUGUGAUCCUCAGCAGUAUUGGUAGCCAUUUGUCCUGUAAAUUAAUGCACACACGUUGUAUCCUUAGGCAUAACCAUUCAUAAAGAAUGGUGCAGAGCUGCACUGCAGUCUCCAGCAUUCCUUUUCUGACAAUUUUGCUCAAGGUUAGAUAGCAAUAUGCUAUAGCUCUUGUCUAGUGCAGAUCAUUCUCUGCAUCCCAUAUAGUGAAAACUUGCAGAGCCUAAUCUCCUAUUUACAUUUGGGACACACCUGGGUGAGCUAGUUUUUAUCACCUUGUGCUAAUCUCCUAAAACCACAUUGCUACAAUGUAUACAACAAGCAAGGUUAAAGCAAAAUGAAAGUGCAGAAGAUACAUCAUAUUAUCUAGAAGAAAGCAUAGAUGUGUGGAAUAUACUAAUAAAUUAGAUUCUGCUACAGUAUUUCACUGCUGGAGAAAAAGCAGAAGAAAUACCUAGCCUCCCAGCAAAAAAAAGUUUGGAGAAAGAACAAUACAGUACUAAAGACUGUGAAACAUUACCAUCAAGGUAAGUAGAAAAAGAAACAGGUGGUUCAGUGAAUCACACCAGGUCUGCUCAUCAUGCUGUGUUUGAUGCCUGAGCUUUGGCUAAAGAAAGCAAAUGUGAUGAGCAGGAAUGAAAAUGGGAAAGAAGGGUUGCAUUGGGGCCAAUUAACUAUCAUCACUCUAUCUGAAGGUAGAGAUAUGAUGGCCUCCAGCAAAGACAAUAUGGCAGGCAGUGCUGAAGAAAGGAUCUUGUUAAUGUUAAGGAACAUUAAUUGUGAAGGUGCAGGAACAGAAACCAGAUCAGCACUAUCUGUUGGUCACUUGGCUGUUCCAGGAUACUGAAUACAGAGGCUGGCUUGCUUAACUCUCUUUCUCCUGGAAUGCUUAUUAUACCUUUCUAAGAUGUGAUAAAUGUGAUUUACACAUGUGUAAAAAUGCAUAUAAAAAUGCAUAUAAAAAUGCAAAUAACAACAACAAAUAAUAAUACACAUUAUGGCAAAUUGUGGGACAUAGGUGGUGCUGUGGUGUAAACCACUGAGCCUUGGACUUGCCGAUCAGAAGGAUGGUGGUUCGAAUCCCCAUGAUGGGGUGAGCUCCCAUUGUUCAGUCCCAGCUCCUGCCAACCUAGCAGUUUGAAAGCACUUCAAAGUGCAAGUAGAUAAACAGGUACCAUUCUGGUGGGAAGGUAAACAGCGUUUCCGUGCGCUGCUCUGGUUUUGCCAGAAGCGGCUUAGUCAUGCUGGCCAUAUGACCUGGAAAACUGUCUGCGGAAGCAGAUGAACGCUGGCUCCCUCGGCCAGUAAAGCCAGAUGAGCGCCACAAUCCCAGAGUCGUUUGUGAAUGGACUUAACUGUCAGGGGUCCUUUACCUUUUUAUGGGAAGCUGCUUUAUACCAAGUCAGAGUGUUGGUUCAUCUAGCUCAUUUCUUUGUACAAUGACUGGCAGCAGCUCUGUGGGGUUUGAGGCAGGAGUCUUUCUGAGCCCUAGAGUGAAUGAACCUGAGGCUUUCUGCUUGCAAAGAAGAUGCUCUACCACUGAGUUCCAGCCCUUCCUUCAAGAGGCCUUGAUUGCAUGGGCAGAACCUGGGCACCUACGAUAACCAAAUACGCUGAAGUAAAUGUAGCAGUCAUCAUGGGAGAAGAGGAUUGAUACUGGUUGAUAACUUAGUUAAACAGAAAGGCAAGAACAGGAAUCAACUGGAUUGUUCUCAUAAUAAACGGAUGUAAGAAGUGGAGUCCUCCAAGGAUUUAUAUUGUUACUGGUGUUUUUUAACUUGUCCAUAAACAAUAGAAUAUGUGUGUAUAUACAUAUGCUUAGAGAAUUAUAUAAACUUCUUAAUUAAACAACCUCUGAGAGGUACACAUAAAACAAUAUUAAAUAAUUAUCAAUAAUAUACAAAUAAAAGGAGCAUUUUUUGAGAGAGAGAAACCCACAAUUCAUAACUGGUGUGUGUCUGUGUAGACUUUCUUAAAAAAAAUGUUUUUAGGACAUAUCUAAGAUGAUAGCGGGUGCAGGUGGUGCUGUGGGUUAAACCACAGAGCCUAGGACUUGCCGAUCAGAAGGUUGGUGGUUCGAAUCCCCGUGAUGGGGUGAGCUCCUGUUGCUUGGUCUCUGCUCCUGCCAACCUAGCAGUUCAAAAGCACGUCAAAGUGCAAGUAGAUAAACAGGUACCAUUCUGGUGGGAAGGUAAACGGCAUUUCCGUGCGCUGCUCUGGUUCGCUAGAAGUGGCUUAGUCAUGCUAGCCACAUGACCUGGAAGCUGUACACCGACUCUCUCGGCCAGUAAAGCGAGAUGAGCGCCGCAACCCCAGAGUUGUCUGCGACUGGACCUAAUGGUCAGGGGUCCCUUUACCUUUAAGAUGAUAGCUAGGGUGCCUGUCUAAGAGUAGAAUAGGACUUCCAAGACUUAAGUGCUGUCACACUGAGAGAUGGACUCCUAACAGAUACAGAAUGGACAUAAUAUGGCACUUCUAAAUGUGUAAGUUUCACACAGAUCAAAGCACUUGUGGGGCAAGGUGAUAUUUCAAACAAGCUGCUCCCAAGGUGUUGUGGGCUUUUUUAUGCUAAUAGUAAAACCUUGAACCAGGCCCAGCAGCAAAUUGGCAAGGCCAUGCAGAUUGUUGGGUGGAGUUCAGUUGGUAGAGCAUGAGACUCUUAAUUUCAGGGUUUCCCACUUUGGGAAAAAGAUUCCUGAAUUGCAGGGGUUGGACUAGAUGACCCUCAUGGUCCCUUCCAACUCUACAAUCAUAUGAUUCUAUGAGAUAUGUAAUAUGCUGUGGUAAGACUCCUCUCAGCAAUCAUGCUGUGGUAUUCUGCACUACCUGCAGUUUCCAGCCUAGCUGCAAAGGAGGGCUCACAUAUGGUGCAUUGCAUUUUUGAAGUAUCCGAUGCCUGAAAUAUUGUGGUCAUGCUACCCCAGUUGAAGAACGGCUGCAGAAGUUGGACUAGCUGGCUUGGCAAAGCUGGGGCCUCAAGUGACAAGGCUGGAUCCAGGAGCACCCCCAGUUGGUGUACCUUCUCCACUAAGAGUGCAACCCCAUCUAGGGUGGGCAUUUGGCCAGUUGCUCAGAUGAGCUUGGUUUAUUUCCCCACAUCCAGGCCACCAGUAGAUCUAGACACUGUCCUAGGGCCUAUGCGGUGUUUCCUGAUUCAGAUAUUUUGGAGAAACAGAGCUGAGCAUCAUCGGCAUGCUGUUAGCACCUUGUUCCAAAUUUUGUAAUGGCCAUUUCUAGCCGAGAUGCUUUUUAACUGGAAUCAACCAGAAAUUGAACCUAACUGAGCUAUGUCCUCCGACUAUGAAUAUGCAACCUGAAGUAGUGAUCCACAAAGUGCUCUAGCUUGCAUACUUAAGCAUACUUAAGGUUAGUCAUGUUGAUUCUAACUGAUCUGGAUUAAGGACAAAUAUGCUAUUUUCACUGCUUUGGGGAAUGCAGCCAUUAUGGCUCAAGGCAUGCAAAUGGAUUUUGGAGUCCAUCCCUAAAAAAUACCAUCUGUUGGGAAACACGUGCUCCAAGUCAGAGCACUUUCUUUUGUUUCAACUUCAUCACUGAUCAUUCCUCUUGAAAUGAUGCCGUCAUGUAUAUUCUGGUUCAUGGGGCAUCUUCUUCUCUUUCUUCUUGUAUCUGAUGGUGGGUUUACACUAGCACUUCUACCCCCCCAAAUUUUUGCCAGUUCUCCUACCUCCUGCAACCUCCUGUGUCAUUCGGUAGGGUGUGUUGAAUUUUUCAACUUUAAAAUUCCAAAAAUGUGGGGUACUAAAAAUUUAUAACAUGACUUGAAAUUAAAAAAAGAUGUUUUGCUUACAUUAAUAUAAUUUAGUUUUGCUUGGUAAGUACAAUAUGUUUAAAAUUGCAUAGAAAUAAUUAAUAAUAAUGAUUGUCAAGUACUCACAGAUAUAUUAUUUAUCAUUAUUAAAAUAAGUAAAAUGAUUGUCAAGUACUUGCAGUUAUAUUAUAUAUUAUUAUUGUUUAUUAUUAUAUAGCCUUACCUGGCAUUUUCAGAAGGCAGAAUUACAAUUCUUUGGUUUUUCGAGAGCAGUUUAUGUGCUUUUUAAUCAAAUGUAGAUUUACCAAGCUCAAUUUUGUCAGAUCACAAAAAUAAUAGCAUAUUUAAAUUAUUCACACCCCCAAAAAACAUAUUUUUAAGUACUAAAUUUCACCCCCUAAAGGGACAUUCCUUAGUUACAGUUGUGCCUUGGUUUUUGGGCAGCUUAGUUCUCGAACCCGGAAGUGACUGUUCCAGUUUGUGAACUAUUUCUGGAAGCUGAACAUCUGACGGCUUUUUUACUGCUUCCGACUGGCUGCAGGAGCUUCCUGCAGCCAAUCAGAAGCCGUGCUUUGGUUUCUGAACAUUUUGGAAGUCGAACAGACUUCCGGAACAGAUUCCAUUUGACUUCCAAGGUACGACUGUAUACAGUAGCUGUUCAACUUCAGACAUUCUUGGAAGGUGUGCAUUACCUUGACUUGUUUCAUCCUGAGUUGAGCCUUGGGUUUCAUACCAAAAUGGCUGUUUGCUCUGAUGUGUGACCUAUCUCAGGAGAAAGUCAGGGGGCGUAUGACCUUGCUACUUCUUGAUUUCUCAGUGGUUUUUGAUACAAAUGACCAUGAUACCCUACUUCAGGCAUCCCCAAACUCGGCCCCUCCAGAUGUUUUGGGACUACAAUUCCCAUCACCCCUGACCACUGGUCCUGUUAGCUUGGGAUGAUGGGAGUGUAGUCCCAAAACAUCUGGAGGGCUGAGUUUGGGGGUGCCUGCCCUACUUGAUCUGCAAUGUGAUUUGGAAAUUGGAAUCACAGUUCUCAUGGCCUGGGUGGUGGCAUAUGUGUGUUUGCACCUACAAUUCCAAAAUAACUCCAUAAUUUAUUUAUUUUAAAAAACCUCCACCGCAAUCUCAUUGCAGCCUGGUUUCUAUAGUAAUCCAUAGGCCUGAAUGCUACAAAAUAUGUGACCAGACUGCAAGCUAAUAGACAUCUUGUUCAAGUUUUGAUAAUAAUUACGGAAGCUAUCUCAGCUCCACCAAGCCAUAUGCUUACUCGCAAGAGCAAAACCAUUAGGCCAAGCAAGAUGCUUGCAUUUAAUUUAAAUAUUGCAAAGAUACGACAAUUUAAAAUCAGAUAGGUCAGCACUUCCACUCAAGUACGCUUUAAUAAAUAUGCACUAGGAUUGUAAAACAAUUAUUCUAUUAACUGUUGAUGCAUAUUUACAUGAGCUGCUGAGUCUUCAGCAAACCUACACAUUAGUGAUAAAACAUCCUUGCUGUGCCAGCAGAAUAUAACAGACAGUGAUGCUAUAUUGGCUCUGUGUUUGGUAGAUCCCAAGCUUAACAAUCAUUUGCUGGUGGACCAAAUCUUAGAACGACAUCACUCCAUUGCUUAAAGAGCUUGCAAAUGAAAUUAAAGUAUGUUUCAGCUUUUCAUAUGAUUUUAUCCAGCCAGCGACAAAUGUUUAAAUAUGGAUGAUGUGGGGGGGUGGAGAACAACUUUCCAUUCAACAAGCCCUUUCAGGUGUUCAGUAAACAUGGAGAGUGGGGGACCUGCCAUCCUCACUCUCAGUGUCUCCUACAUAGAUCUGAACAAUUAUAUGCACAUGCACUCUGCAUGUUCAAAUAGAAGUACAAGUGAGAGGCUCCCAGUUGCACAGGGAGAAUUAAUGUACAUAUGCAGCAUACUUGUAUGUGCAUAGCUCUACUGGGGUCUCUGAAUCUUAAUCAAGGAUCUUGCUUUGUCUUAUCCAUGACUUCCAAACGUUUACAUGCAGCUACUGUGUUUGAUCAUAGGCUGUCUGCUACCCAAAUUGUUGGAAACUUCCUGGAGUAUGGCAGACCCCACUGCCCCCGCAAAAAAAAUAUGUGCCUACUUUAAGAAGAAAGGAACAAAGAAUACAACUUCACUUUCAGUGGUGUUCAUUUAGUCAGAUAUAAUCAAAUCCAUUACCUAGAAUAAAUUAGAUUGGCAGAAUAUAUGUGGGACCGUGUGUGUACAAAUCUGACAUGUAGAAGCUGAGAAAUACUUCGUUAUUUGGAAAACAGCCUAUUGUUCUCCUCUGUAGAACCUAGCAGGUUGGCAAGGAGCCUGUACACGUUAUUUGCUUACCAUCACAUCUUUAUAUCCACCACACAUUUAAAUGAUAACAGAUAUCCAUUGUACUCAGAUUUCUUUUAUGAGACAUCUCAAGAUUUGAUUUGAUAUUUGUAUUACAAAAUGUCUACCUGUCCUAGCAAUGUAUUUACCCUCUUGAUAUAAAUGACAGCUGGUUGUUAUUCAACCAGGUUUUUUUCUUUUUUUUAUAAGAUAUUUAUUGAGAUUUUUUGAAAUAUUACAGUGCAAAUGAAAAAGAAAAAAGAGAGAAAGAUACAAAAUAAAAACAGUUAAAAACACACAUAUUUUCCACUACUUAUUUUCCUUUAGCUUAUUUCCCAGACCUCCUCAUACCUCCCUUUUUUGUAUUCCACUUCAAUUUAUUGGUUCAGCAAAUCCUUACCAUUAGAUUUUAACCCAUUUAUAACCCUUUUUUCAUAUUCUCUUAGAGCAUUACAGCUGGAAACCGCUUAAUUACUAUCCAACAUCAUUCUAUCAUUCAUUAAUUUUACAAUAUUUCUGUAGAUAGUCUUUAAAUUUCUUCCAAUCUUCUUCCACCGACUCUUCUCCCUGGUCUCGGAUUCUGCCAGUCAUCUCUGCCAAUUCCAUAUAGUCCAUCACCUUCAUCUGCCAUUCUUCCAAAGUGGGUAGAUCUUGUGACAAGGAAAAAUCAACCAGGUUUUUUUACCCAGAGUAGGCCUAUUGAAAUCAAUAGGCCUCAUUUAGGCAUGUUCAUUCACUUCACUGGAUCUGCUCUGAAUAAAACUUAGUUGAAUCCCAUGCAUAAUGUGUAAAAUUAUCUUGAACAGAAAUUACAAUAACACUUUCCCCCUCACAUAUGUUUUUAUUCUGUUUUGUAGGUUUGUUUUUUGUUUACCAUACAUAUGAGAAUAGAUAUUCUUGCAAGAAAGUUUACAUUUACAAGAACAAAACACAACAAUGAUAAAAGGAUAUGAUUUUUUUCAAUUUAAUAAAGAUAUAAUCAAGGCCUAAUAAGCACAACAUAACAGAUAAUGUAGAAUUAUUAUACACAUUAUAGUGCUGGAAUAUGCAAUUGGAAGUCCUGAGGCCAAAUCUGUGCCUGCUGAGGAGUACCAGUCUUCUUUCUCCAUUGCUAUGCAUUCUCGUCUUCAAAGUGACCAUCUUCUAAAAAUAACUGCUAGUUAUGUCUAUAGUGUAAGCAAACACAUUUGCAUGAUAAGGUGUUCCCUGUUUUCUUACAUUACCAUUAAUGCAGAAUGAUGAAUAUUGAGAAUAAUUUUGGAAACCUGUUAGAUUUAUGUUGAAAAUACUUCAUUUACAGAGCUAUAGUGUUUGGGGUACAGUUCUUGUCUCCUAUUUCUAGGGAGAGCCAAAUGUCUACCUUUCAGACUUCUCUAGUUAUCAGUGUGUAUUGUACGUGUGUAGGAACUUUUAUCUUUCUGAAGGGCUUGGAAGGUAUGAUAUCUAGGGCCAGAUUAAGACAUGCUGAGGCCCUAAGCUAUGUCAAGUUUUAGAAGCCCCAUAGUAUUACCAGUACCCCUUUCCCAAAAGUGCAUUAUAAUGUAAAACCUAGUGCUGGUGAGGUUGUAUUUAGAGGCCCCUCAUAGUCUGAGCCCUUGAGCUGUAGUUUACCUAGCCUGUGCGAAAAUUUGGCACUGAUGGUUACCAUUUCAAAUUAUAUUAGAAGUCUCCUAGUUCAGGAAAUUGUUGCAUAAAUGUCUCCCCUUCAGACUUUUACAGAAAUAAGGGUAUCUUGGACUGUGUGUGUACAAAGCUUCAGCUUCCUAGUUCAUGGAGUAAAUGUCAUAAGUGUUUCAGUGUACACUUGAGUUCCCUUCACACAUUACAUGGUGUAAAGGAAGUCCAGAAACAGAGCAAGAAGUGGGGUCAUACUGCUGUUCUAGCCCAAGAAUAUGAUGUCAGAAGUGAGGCCGGAAGCACUGCCACGCUUCUUCACAUCAUGAGUGCCCUACACUUUUAUCCCAUCUGUUCUAGGAGACAGGUGCACAAUUGUCUCCCCUUCAGAUUUUUAGCAUCAUCAGUGGUGUCUUGGGCUAUAUGCUUGCAACAAGGAAUUUCCCCCAGGGAAAAAUCUCUCUAACCAGUUCAGGGAUUUGAAGGGAGGUAGGAUACAUGUUAGCCAUUCCUGUUCUCAUGGGCUGCAGCUGCAGCCCUUUACAUCUUGAGUAGGAAGAUCUGAAGGGGGAAGCUUUAGUGUGUUGUAUUGUCAACCUCCAUGUGAAUGGAUCCCCCAACCAUGCAGGAUUCCCAUUCAUGUGAAAGAUUCUGAGCAUGUUACACUUAACACAGCAAGAUAUCCUGUUCAGACCUACAGGACUUUUCAAUACAUUGUAGCAGGGAAGGGAACAAUGGAAGAGGGUGUUCUGGGGACCUAUAAAAGUGAACACCUGAGUAGGGUUUCUGAGUUUACUGUUUUGGGGGAGAAAAGCAUCAGUGUCCUUUAUACUUUUCUAAUAAACAAGAAGUCUUGGAUCAUUUACCAAAUUCCAGGAUUCUUUCUAACAGACUGGGAAAUAUCCUAGCAUUUUCAAUACUUCAGUCUGCCAAUCGGUGAAGCCCAGGCAAAUAUAGAUUCAUCUGAGGUAUCAAUUAAUAAUGUAGCUUAGCCAUGCAUCAGAACUAAAACAAUGAUAAUCUAUAACACUCUUUGACACUUGGGAAAGAUUUUGCUUAUUGCUGUAUGAAUAUUCCACUUCAUUAAAUAAUGUGUCUGCAUUUUUUCCCUGUUGAGUAUUCAGAACCAAUACACUUUGUUAAGAAGGUCUUUUAAGCUCCCCUAGUCAGAGGCACACAUACACAUGUAAACAGAUGUGCUUUGCCCAUUUGGGAUUUUCUUGUGAGUGCUUUUCAUUCUGUCACACCCAGACAGGAAGUUUCUUAUUUAUUUUCACCCUUGGUGGAACGUUGUGUGACUAAAUUGUUUACCUGGGAACUACACAAAACUUAGGCCUUAUAAUUUUUCUCUUGCUGGUGCCAUUUGCAACAUGUACCAAGUGUUUUUCAAGGUGAGAAAAACCACAGCAGAAGGUUAACAGAGUGCAAAAACAAAAAUAAAAAAUCCUCUGUUCUCCAGUGCUCUUUGCCAGACUUGGUGACCUGAGGUGUAUUUAGCCAGUUGUCCCAUAUUCUGGACAAGGUUCUACAACAUGGUUUUGGAGUCUAUAAUUCAGCCACAUUCUGCUGAUGGUAACCAAAUGGCACAAAUAACAUUUCCACAUGUUAAUCACACAAACCUUCACAGGGUCACUAUUUCUGUAUCACCCAUUUGUAUCACCAAACAGCAUUAAAUCUCUAGUGAAGUGCCACUAAGUAUGCUGUUCCUAUAGCAGGUAUUUCAUAUCCCCAUUCAUACCACAGUGCAUCUAGCUGGCAAAUAUUAUUCAGAAUAGAAACCCACUCAAAAAUAUGUAUUUAGAUAGCCAUGUCUUUAAUAGACCCUUCAGACAGGGCUAGGUCCAGUGCCGGAUUUAUGUAUAGGCUAAGUAGGCUGAAGCCUAGGGCCUCUAAGUCUAGCGGGCCUCACCAACCUGCCCUCUCCCCAGUGCCGCAGUCUCCCCUCUCCCAAAAUUGCAAACCCAAGACUUCAUGCAAGGGCAGGGCAACUCAGGCCCAGCAACUAUGAGACUCAGGGCUAGCCAAUGGGGUCCAAUUUGAAGCAGUGGGGCGCAGCUUGAAUUUUUUUUAAUUUCUUUUUUGGUAGGGCCCCAGUUCACAGCCAAAGUCUGCAAAAUCUUAUAGAUAUAAAUAAAAUCCAUCUAGAUUGCCCUGGUGCAGGGGCCCCCUUAGGAGUGGCCUGUGGGGCCCAAUUUGGCUCAAUUGCUCCAAUUGCCUUAAGGUCAGCCUUGAUGAGACUGUGCAGGGGUUGGAAUGACAAGCCCUGCACCUUCUAGGUCCCUGGUGUCACCAUUCAGAGUACUACUGUGCAGAUAAUGGACAAAGCUCAUAAAUUGUAUCCCUUCUGGCAUCCUGGCCAACUCUAUUAUGCUGGUGUAAACCCUGAUGCACCAGAAGCCCAGAAGAGCAGCAAAUAAAAUCCGCUCAUAUGUCAGCAACUGAUAAGACUUGUCAACCAGUUCUUCCAAACUCUUCCUAAAUUAUAAAGCUCCAAAAUACAGGCCAAAAGAUAGCAGGUCUGGGAAGAGUGAGGCAUACAAUGGACACCACCAGUGAAAAGGCCCUGCUCCAUGUAACUCCUGCCCUGUCAUUUGAUAGAGUGCCCACUUGCCCUCCUUCUUGACAUGGAAAGCUCUCUAUUGGAGUCUCCAGGUCCAGUACAAAGACCAUAAGAAGGGAGAGCAGGGACCUUGAAGUUCCCAACAGUUGUUAAUCAAGCAAGCACACAGGUCACCUUUGUCACAGUCAGGACACCUAUGUCCUGUCCAGGCCCGCACCCAAUCUUGUUUUUGUACAAUCUUGUUUGUUCUCAGUAACCAAAUUAUAUUAUCAACAUAUACAAGCAGAAAAGUUGUUUUCCUUCAUUUGCAAGGAAUCGUAGAAAGCAAAGUGGCACUAAUAAAGAAAAGUUCCAGGGUGGCAACAGAAAGCAAACUAAAAAUGCUUUUGCAGUUCAUCAAAGCUAUCCAGCAAUAUCAAGUUAUAGGAAAACUGGUGCUAUUAACAGUAAUCCUUCUAGCUGGUUAAUUGGUUUGGCAACUUCCAUGCACAUGACGUGUGAUAAUUUUUCUGAGAAAAAUUAUAUUUUUUCCCUCAGAAAUCUUUUUGUUGUAUCUUUCUUCUGGAGUUUGGCCAGACAUAGCAAAAUCUUUGUUACAAAUACUUCUUUGUUGGAUCCAGUUUCUGUAGGAGGAAGACAUUGGGUAGAGAUUUAUAAGAUAUUUUAUCAAAGUUUCAGGCAUCCAAGAUGCCGUGCAAGUAAUCAUUGGACUUUGAAGGCUUGCAUCCAGAAUAGUCUUGAAGAUGAUAGAGAGGCAGUUAGAGUGGCUGUGAGAUGUUCAUGAAUUCAGGCUGAUAGGACGUUGUUAGGCCAAAUCUAUAUCACUAUGUUCCUAUAUUUCACCUACAGAAAUAGUACAGGGCAAGAUGAGCCAAAGCCGAUUGCCUAAGGACCAAUGCCACCUAUAAAUGUUUGCUUACCUUUUCUAGAGAGCAGCAGAGAUCAGAGUCAUUUUCUUCUGUUAGCUAAUGGAGUAAGUAUCAGUCCACUAUGGAAGCUUCAUAACCAUAACAAAAAAAGUAUUCUAACUGAGCCCAAUAUAGCAGAUCAGGGUGGCAUAAAGGUAACAUGCAGAAUCAACAUAGGUUUCAAGGCAGAGUUUCAUUUGUUUUCACUGCCACUUUUUAAUUGAAUUGGAAUAUAGAUGUUUAUGUUUAGCUUGUGUUUCUAAUGUUUGAAGCCUCUUUUGAAGGAUAGACUCUCUUCUGCGUCUUUCAAAACAGCUGAUGAGCAGUUAGACAAAAGCUACUGAAAUGUCCAGGAUUUUUUGGGUUUCUAAGCUUUGUUGAGUAAUCAUGCUGAUUUUUGCUGCUUGGCUAGCAAUAUUUUAUCAGGGGCAUUUGACUGAUAAGCCAUAAAUGUCAUAAGUUUUUAUAAAAUCCUUUUAGGUUUACAAGUGGAACUUAUGAAUGAACAAAGCCAAGAUUGCUGAAUCUGUUACACUUUUCUGUCUCUGUGCUGUGCAUAUAGCCAAGGCUUUAUUAUCAACACUAUCUUCUCUAGUGUCUGUGAAGAGUAUUCAAUUGCAUCUCAGUAUCUUGGGUUAACUUACACAGCUUCUCUCAUUGCAAUGAGUUUUUCUUAUAUUUUUAAAUAAAGUAUCUUUGCUCACUUGGCCAGCCAGUCAAGAGCAAAACAGAACCUUGAAAAGAAUAUUAAAGUAUCUGGUUCAUGUAAUUCAGUUUGAUGUUGAGGUGUCUUUCUUGAGUUAGCUGGUCCUGAUGGCUAAGAAAAUUCUUUACCCGCAAUAACUGAGAUGGGAUCAACUAUUCUUCAAGAACAAUACUUGUUCAAGAAAUAGUUUUCCACAUCCUUAACAACAUUGUCUGGUUCUUGCAUUAGAUGGAAAAACAUACUAAGAGCAUCAUUUCCAACAGCAGCUCAGGAUACUUUAGGUUAUUGCAGGCAUCUUCCUUGUUCCUACCUUUGGCUUCAGUAUUAGAAUCAAUGACAUUGAUUUCUCUAUUAUGACUUCCUGGAUAUAAAGCAUGCAGUGCACUUUCUCCAUAAUUAGCACCAAAUCUCCUUGUGGCUUUCUUCCUGUUCCUGGUCAGGCAACUCCAGCGAAGCCACAUUAUGGUUUUCUGCUACUUCUUCCUUUGGAGCUUGCACCACACAAAAGACAACGGCAGAAAAAGUCCAUAGCUUCAGGCUGUAUUGCCUCUCCUGUGAAAUCUCUGUGGUCUUCUCAGGUGGGGUGACUGUCUCCCCACAUACUUCCUUCCCCAUGUAUGCAGUCUUAGAUUUGUAAAGGGAACCUGGAGGGAUUUUGAGGCAAUGGGAGUGAUGACACAGAUGCAGUAGACCCUUUUCUCUUCCUCCUCCUCCAACUUCACACAAAAGAGAUGAGAUCCAGUCACAAAGAUUACCCUCCAUGCAAUUGAUUAAUACCUUAUUAAAAUGGAUUGUGUAUUGUGGUUUUAAAAAAUAUCUUGAAUUCUUCCUUGAAUAGUAAGACUGCUGGUCUUCUUUGUCUGCAGAACAAGAAUUAUGAUGAUAGUUUUAGUCUUGCCUAAAAUAAACUAAAAUAUCAAUUCAUUAGUCUUCUUUGGUGUGAAGACUAUUUACCUCUUAUGAACUUACAAUAUUCCAGCAAUAUUAUAAGGGUGCAUAAAAGAAGUACUUCAAAAGACAUAUGGACAAUGAUAUAAUAUACUAUUAUGAUCUUGUGAAUAUCCCAUUCCAAAAUGUAAAUAUGUCUUCUAAAAGGAUAGGUGGCAAGGUAUAAUAAUAAAAACAUAAGAAUUAUGCUCUGUAGUACUUAACAUUUCAGAGUAGAGUUGGAAGGGUGUAGAGUUGGAAUGGUAGAGUUGGAAGGGUGAGGAUAUCUAGUUCAACCCCAUGCAAUGCAGGAAUAGUAGCAUGAGUAAGGGCUCUGCUCUGUAGUUGAGUGAACCAAUGUAACAAUUUUCCACUUUGCUAGAAUCACUUAAUUAUGGGAACCAUUAACUCGGCAUAAAUCUCAGAAUAUUUCAUAAAUAUUGUUUCUACUGUGAUUCACUGUACUGUGUUGUGGGUGGGAUUUGCAUUUCUAUACAAGAAGCAAUUUUUGAAACACUCUUAAAAUCUUGAGCAAAAAGCUUUUCCCUACAAAAAUCCUGUAAUCCUUUUCAAAAGUGCUGAAUCCCACUAUUUUUUGAAAAACAAAUAUUUCCUAGAGGAAGUUGUAUUUCAUGUUAAAGUGUGUUCUCCCUCAUGGAGAGGACAGGUUGCAGGCGGGGCUGACAAGACAACUCACUGUUACUAGGCAAAUGGUUUGGCUAUCCUUUAAGCAGGGGCGGGCUGUUACUGGGGAAAUCUAGAUGUUGCCAUUUGUUGAUUGACAGCCCUAUUUGUUAAAUACAAUGCUCGCAGCGAGGAACUUCCUCUUUUCGCUGCUUACUUCGGAUCACCCGCCCUCCCUUCCCUAAUGUUAGGCUGUUUGCUUGACCUUGCUAUGCCUGUCAUGGGGUCGUCUGCUUUGGGGCAGGGGCCUGGUAGGAAUUUUGUCCAUUUGGCUGAUUAGUGUGUGCCACUUGGUUUUUGCCUACUGCGUAGCAAAUCGUCACAACUUGUAAGGUUUGCGGUUAGGUAUCGGUCUUGGAAUUGGUUGGUGGAGGGGUAUGGAUUCGGCUGUGCCUGCCCCUCCAAAAUGCUGCUGCAGCUGCUGCUUCAAGGGUUUUCCGUUAAAGGAACCCAGGGGCUCCCCAUGCUUUUGUCCGAAACCCCCUGGCAAGGGGCUAGGGCCACACAAGCCCCUGGGAGCAUUCUGGGGAGAGGUGAGGCAUGGUUCCCAGUCCCGUCUCUCUCCCCAGGUGACUUACCCUUGCUGACUUUGCGGGGGGUGCGAAUGUCAGAGCUUUCCCCGGGCGGGGUCAGUUAGUGCUACCAAUGCCUAAGCAACCACUCACAUCGCUGUAAUUUGAAUAAAGUUGGGGCCAAAAUUAUGCCAAAAACCUUAAACAAAAAUUAAGUGUCAAUUGUGUUUUUCUUUGGGGGGGUGUCUUGGGGACCUCGACGCGCAAAAUACUGCACUGAUGUUUAGUAGAAUUAGGUGCUCCUGUAGGAACAAAAUGUCACCCGACCUCAAGAAAGCAAACUAACAGCUCUCAACUAGAUUAAAUAUCUAGGCAGGAAUUUUAGGCUUGAAAGCUACCUAGGAAUAAACAACAUUAAAUACAGUGGGACUGUGGACAGCGAGUAAAUAAACAACCACACACAAUGCACUAUUAAAUAAAGUAUGUCAGAAAAACUUGUGUGCCCUUUCACUUUUAGAAAGAGGCAGGGUAAGUAGAAAAGUUGAAUUAGGAGAGAUUACAGUACAUUAUACCCUGGUUAUUAGAGAGUCUCAUGUUUGUUUUAGGAAAGAGAAGCAAUGCUACUGAAGCAACAGAUCUUCCACCAAAAAAACCCCUGUAUCUGUGUUAACAUUUUUAUCUUUCAUAAAGGCAUCAUUUCAAAAUUUGUCCAUGGUUUUUUAGAGUUACCAAAUCACUGCUACACAAAUUAUCAAAUAAAAACAAGUGUUCCUGUUUCUCCUCCUAGCUUCCAUUGUAAAAUUAAGAGUGAAGUCUAAUAGAACAGUUUGUGUUCAUGAAUGACUCCAAGAGGAAUCAGUUUGGAUGCAAACACUAAACUAAUGGAUGCAAAUGACUCUCCCACAUAUCUUGCUCCUGAGUGAUCACAUUAUCCAUAACUGCUUGUGCACCUGACUAAAGCUUGUGAGAGUGUUGUAGAGCUGUUUACCAAGAUUCACAUAAAGCAUUUUCAAAUAUAUGCAGCCAUUAUUUUUGGAUUGCAAAAUGUCACUGUGUAGACCUGAAAAUAUCUGCACCAGCAUUACAUUAUAUCAGGGGUCGGCAACCUAAGGCCCAUGGGCUGGUAGCGGCCCACAAGGCUUGUCUAACCAGCCCAUGGCAACCCUGCCCCUGCCGCCCCCCCCACCGCCCCUGCACCCAUUCUUACCAGAGUGGCACGGUGCAGCGCAGUGCAGGGACUGGCUUCUGGGUUGAUGGCGCCUGUGCGCAUGCACACGGGCGCUCCUCCAACCUGGAUGUGCACCGGAAAUAGUGUCUGUGCACGCACACAGCUCGGACCCAGAAGAGUGUGCACACACACAUGCUCCAGCCCAUCCUCUGAUGGACAGAGCAUCGACUGGCCCAUCCUCGGAUAAGGUUGCCAACCUCUGCAUUAUAUCAACAGGCUGGACUUCUUAUGGUUAUUACUUCUACCACACAAGUGCUGAAUUGACUAGGCGGCAUUGUAUCACCUGCAAUAACUGAAUGAGGAAAAUCCCAGAGCAGUCAUGAUGUGGAUUAUAAGGCCAUCAAAUGAAAAUCAAAGCUGUCGAUAUAAAUUGCUACUGUCCUCACAAGAAAAACUGGCUUUCCUCCAUUUACUUUCCAUGCUGUGAUUUAUGAAUUGGACAUGCAGAAAAUUUACAAUAAGUUUUUAUAAAAAGAAAUCCAUCCUUAAUUCUGUAAAAAUUAAAAGCUGAUACAACUCUAAUGAUAUAUUGACUAACUGAGUAAGUGCAAUGUAAGACUGCCACUCGAUAAUUAAUGUUUCAAUAGUAAACAUGUUAUCAAUGGGAACUCCUCUUAUAUGCUGGCUGCAAACUAUGGCCUUCAAUUAUUCUUCCGUUUCAAAUUUUCAUGCCAAAAAUGUGUUGUCGUCAAAGACAGGUGGAAUUCAAUUAAGUUUUACUCCGUGUAGACCUACUGAAAUUAAUAAAGCUAAUUCAGUAAUAUUCAUUAAUUUCUGUGGGUUUAUUCUGAGUAAAGCUUGUUGAAUACCACCCAAGGGAAAUUAAAUUAGAGAUGCCAAGUGAUUUGGUCAAGGUCAAACCAAAGGUAGAGGAAAGAUCUCAAACUGGUGCUCAAAAAAUUGUAGACCUGGUAUAUAAUAUGGCCAAUGCAUUUUGACUUCUAGUAUUUUCAGGGGUAACAUUAAUUUUGCAUUGCCUUCUUCCAAUGGCAACACUGAUCUGAUAAAACAUCAUUUGAAAAAAAGCAUAUGAAGAAUGAACAGCUAGAGAACUUUCCAUUGGAAAAAAGUGUGAGAGUGUAAGCUGAAUAUGGGUGUAAUCGGCGUAUUACACCCCAUAAUCAACUUCCAAUUUUAAGAACACCAAUUUAAGGUGUUCUUGCCUCUUCUUUUUAUUUUCCUAUUCUUUGGGCCAACUCCUAUUUUCUUUUUUGCUUGUUAAAGCCACCCAAUGUUAUAUUUUAUUUACUUAUAAUAUUUAUGAAUUGCUUUUCCUCCAAAGGACCUUAGGACAAAGUACAAAACACAAAAAGAAAAUAUAUCAGCCAUCAGUUAAAAAAUAUUAAAACCCAGUGCCCUAUCUACCUAUUUUCAUUGUCUAUUUCUACCAUUCUGAAAAUGCACCCAAAAAAGUAAUCCAGGUUUCAAUGUCUUGUUUAGUCUGAUUCAUCCUACUUAUCUUUGAUUUUUUUAAAAAAAAUCAAAAUCCAUUAGCAUUGUAUAUAAAAUAUUGUGUCUACCGACAUCUCAGUAACAGUGCGAUGAAUCUUUCCCACAGUAAAUCAAAACAACAUACAGAGGCAAGGAACAUUUAAUUUGACUUACAUAAUUAGCAAGCAAAACAGUUUUUCUUGAGCCUGUACCUGGAACUUUACAAAACAGUUUCUGUGCAUUUGCUUGCAGAUACAAUUUUUCUUGAACUGUGCAUGUACUCAUGCAGAUGUGGAAAUUGUUGUGCACCCAACCAAAUCAUGUGUGUGUUUGUCUAUGACAACUUGCAUGAAGUAGCCUGCUUGUAUAAUCUACAUCAGUUUGUGCAACUUGUUUUUAUGAGGGGAAAGAAGUUCCUCAUGUGCAAAAGUUGUUGGGAAAAACAAGGGCCCUUGAGGCAUUCUGCAGACUUUCCAUAGAUUUCUGAGAGCACAGUGAUUGUAAUGCAAAACAGAAUAGUGUGCAGAAAUAAAGGGAGAGGUUUUCUACAUCUCUUAACAGCCCUUGCCCAUUAUCAAUUCAAGCAGGAAUGUACCCCUGGUAAACAUAUAGUGUCAGAAAUUUAUCAAGUUUGGCAUGCCCCAUUAAGUCCUCACUGUGUUUUAGACCCUCUGUAACUAUCACUGGCAUAAAAAUCAGUGACUGUAAUGGAAAAUGAGACGUCUUUCAAACAUUGUGUCUCUUGGCAACGCAAAACCAAUUAAAGCCAAUUUAUAAAAUUGUAAAACUUUUCCUACAUGGGAUAGUGAGUCAGACCUCUUGUAUUCAAAUCAAGGGGUCCUUUGGAAUAGGCCAUCCCAAAUGUUUUCUCAAUUCUGUUGCAAUUCCUUAGGCUGCCAGUCAGUUGAGAAUGUGAUAAAUACGGUACCGUAAAUACGACCUGCAGCAUCUAAAAUAAACUAGUGUUGAUCGAUACGUCCUUGAGAGAACCACUUCUGUUCUUCUAACAGUCACAGGACUGUUGGAAUUGUCCUAAAAGAAGUGAAUGGAGGAGAAAUUUGAAGUAUUUAUUGCAUGAGGAUUUUGUUUGUUUGAUUCAUAUCCUGCCCUUCAUUACAUGUGAUCUUUGGGCAAGUCGCAGCAAUUAAAUGCACAAUGUGUAAUUACACACGGAGAGAAUGAUGCUGUUAUUGACUAAUGACAAAAGGGAGCAUCCCCCAGGACCAGGGGAAAGUGUACAAGAUGGGCACACCAUACUGUCUCUUGCACACACUGCACACAAACAUCUCUCCUUUUCUCAUAGACCUCAAUGAUAUGCCUUCCUUCCCCACCCCUACCCCUUACAGACUACUAGGGCCAAGCAAUAUCUGGUUUUCAACAUUGUGAUAUAUCACCAGCUUAACAUUCCAAUAUACCAAUAUAUUACAAUGCCUGAAAUAACGAUAGAGCUGUGUAGUGGCUUUGGCUGGCUUCAUGGCUUUCCCUGUAUCGUGAUUUUUUGCCAGCACCUACUCUUGUGAUUUGCUGCCCCUUGCAUGAGGCAGGGGUAAGCUGAGCUGGCAGAGUUAACAUGGGAGGCAGGAAUCGAGAGAAGCGCCAGCUGGCUUCACGGUUUUUCCACAUUGUGAUUUUUGCGUAGCCCAUGCACACAGACACAUCACGAUAUAUUGUCAGGUCGAAAAUUGUGAAACUGUUAUCACGAUAUGGACUUCAAAGCGGUUUUGGAUGAUAUAUUGAUAUAUCACCCAACCCUACAGACCACCUGUACAGUGUGGUGUAGUGGUUAAGAGCGGUAGUCUCGUAAUCUGGGGAACCAGGUUCGUGUCUCCGCUCCUCCACAUGCAGCUGCUGGGUGACCUUGGGCCAGUCACACUUCUUUGAAGUCUCUCAGCCCCACUCACCUCACAGAGUGUUUGUUGUGGGGGAGGAAGGGAAAGGAGAAUGUUAGCCGCUUUGAGACUCCUUAAAGGGAGUGAAAGGCGGGAUAUCAAAUCCAAACUCCUCCUCUUCUUCUUCUUCUUCUUCUUCUUCUUCUUCUCCGUCUUUCUCUGCCCAAUUGCAUCUCUCCCUCUGACAGAUGACACAUAGACACAGCCCCCACAUACAUUGCUCUGUCUCUCUCUAGCUAAGCACAUCUCUCUUAAUCACAGAGCAUACCUGAGCACUCCAAUUCAGAUAAGCCCCUCAGGAAUACACAAAGGUCACCAACCUGACCCCUGUGAGCUUUCGUGCACCCUAGCUAGGUGAGUAGCCAUAUAUAUAUAUAUAUAACGUGGCACUGAUGGAAUCUUAGGCCCUACAGCUCAAAUAAACUGUUCCCUCCUCUUUGUGGAAUGUUGGUCAGCGCUAUGAUCAAUUUUCUGUCCAGGACUACACAUACAUUAUCCCAACUACUCUAUACACAUGCCAUUGGAUCAGGGCACUUAACAAAGUGGGCAAAAUCAUUGCACUCUAUUGGCUGGCAGCUGCAGCUUUCUAAGUUUUCCUAGUACCAAAUAUAUUAAGUAGACAGGCUUCUACUGAUGCAGCCAGUUCCCCAGAGGUUGAAAUGGAAUUCACAUUGCCUCAAGACUUCCCUCUGUAAUUUUUGCUCUGUGCCCAGCUGCUGUGAGUUAUAGUGAUUACUGCCAGUGCAGCAAUGCUGCCAGUAUGCUCCUGCAGCAGUACAUCAUAGAUUGGCUCGGGAUGCCAUUGCAGUGUACAGGCCAUGGCAUUCGACUGCAAACAGCCUUUGCUGUAUUUGCAAGAUCAGCAGCUCAUGUUAGCCUGCAAAACAGCUGGGAGUGAAUGCAGACAUAGUCUGUAAAAUCUGGACUAGAAUAAGAUUCUGAUGGAGCUUCUUUGCCUCCAAACUUAACGAGGCUUUGAUCUGUAGUUUUGCUCUGCACCCUAAGUGCAGAUACUCCCUAAGUUUUGAUGCAGAUUGUAUCGGCCUUGUUCUUUUUUAUCGGCUGAAUCUAUUCUGGCCACAAUAAAUUAUUUCCAGGCACAUUUGAAAAGGACAGUGAAUGCCUAGUUAUGAAAAUGAUGCCUCUAGAGAAGAUGACAGGCUGAACCUUCUGCAUCAGAGCCCUUGCAUUUUGUGUCCUCUCAUCUAUUUCGGGUCUUCAUUUGCCUAAUUACUACUCUGAGGCUGGCAAAGAUUUCCCCUGCAGCGCUCAGCAGCUCUGCUGACUGCAGAGACCCUACCUGGCACACAAUUUAGUGCGUCAGCAUUCUAGAUAGAAAUGAAUGAAAAAUCAAUCAGGGCAACUGCAGUGGCAGCACAUGCAACUCUAACCUACUUUGUGCAUGGUUUUCAACAUUUCACUGUAGACUCUAAAAUGGUAAGUGUGUACCUGAAAUAAAGUAUGCCUUUAUUGGUCAGCCUCUAUGCUCCUUAGGUUUGACGAAGACAUUACACCCUAUGCUAGUGUGUGUGUGUGUGUGUGUGUGUGUGUGUGUGUGUGUAAUACAUACUAUAUCGGAGAGAUAUAGAACAUGAUUGUUUAAAGAAAAUAAAUAGAAUAAAUUCAACAAACCAAAGUCCACUAUGCAUUUAAGAAUCACAACCAUUGCUUAUUUUAGCAUUUGGAGAAGAUGAUUGCGUUAUUUCAAUUCUUAUUAUACUUUUAAUGGACAAAGUUAUUCAACUGCAAGCCUAUCUCAAUUAAGCAUCAGUUAAUAGUCUCUGCAGCUAACUCUCUAAUAAGAGGAUUAACUUUAAAAUGCUGCUUGAAAAGUCACUCACUGCUAACUUUUCAAGCACAGUGGGUUAAAUUUUCAUAGAGCAAUGAGAAAAUGAUGGGCUGUAACAAGUUGUGCAUUGCAUCACUGUUAAGCUUUCCAAAUUUCACCAGCUUCUUUGUAUGUGGUACUCUUACAGUAAAGAAGAUUCCUGAGCUAUAAAAGAUGAAGAGUCUACUUUUCCUGGUGUUGAUUUCUUUCUGCUGGGCUGAUCAUCAUGCUGCCAACUUCACACUGGAGCAUGACAGAAUUAUUCACAUCCACGGUAAGUUAAAAAAGGAAUUUAAGCUGCACUUGUGAUGUUAUGCUGAAAUUUUAUGACUUGCAUCUUUUUUAGAAAAGAUUAGAUAGCUUGCUGCUGUGCUGCAUUAUUGUACUCUGAGCAAUUAAACCUGCUUUUAAAUCUGAAAUGCAUUUUUUUCAGUGUGCAAUCUAAUGACUAUUUCUGAGACAGAAACAGUAUUUGUUAAAAUAAGAGUGCAUGCAUAUUGAAAGAAGCAAGCAAGCAAUUAGUUUAGCCAGAAUAGUAUUGGCCUUACUGCAGAAAAAAUAUGAUCUAAAACACAUCAUAUAAGCAAAGACUUCCCUUUCACAGGUAAAUGACUGGUUAUUAAGACACUGUAUUGAAAAAUGAGGCAUCAGUUGAAAACUCAAGCAGUAUAAAAAGUGACUUACCUCAACAAAUAGAUGCUUUUUUCCCAUAGCUUUCACUCAUAUACAGUGGUAUGUUGUCCCUCUGCAUAAUCGUGUAUAUCCAUUUGAAUUCUAAAGCUUUCAGCUGGCUGUAUGAAGCUUUGAGGCUGCAGUGCAAUGCAGCUGUUUUUCAGCUCCAGUUUUAGCAGUUGAGGGUCAUCCUGUAUGAAGCAAGCCAAAACAUUUAUUUAUGCAAAAAUGACAGGCAGAAUAAAAUACAUCUAUAGCUUCUUUCAUUUGUAUACAUCCAAUUUUGACAACUUAAAUAACGCAGCCCAUGGGUGCCAUUUAAAGUUUGGAGGUUCCAUGCUACUUAAAAAACAACAACCAAAAAAUCCCCACAGUGUUUGCACUUUUUAUAAACACGCACCACACUACAUUUUGACACCAAGAAGGGUUUAGCAUUUGCAGUUCUCUCAGUGAAGAUUUCAGGAGCCGAGAGUCUCCAGGCACCAGACACUAUCUUCAAGGUCAAAAAAGAAAUUGCACCGGAUUGGUGUGGUAAUGGAAAGUGACACUGGAAAGGAGUGCAAGAUGAGUGGUUAAAAGAAGGUGUAAAUCAAAAUACAAUAGCAAUGGCCUUUUUAGUGUGUAUUAACUGGUUCAUUCUGAAGAAUUUAGCUCUUUCCUUUGCAGGUGUUGUCUAGUUGAUAAUAUUUCUUUUUGGACCAUAACUUGAUAUCAGCACGUGCCUCUUGAGCAAAGGAAACUUUCUAAACACUUGAUGUAUAACACAUUUUUAAAUAUGUUGUUUUUAAUUUGUUAGUGUAGAUGUGUUACUUAUACCUCAGAGCAUGUCCUCACUAUGAACUUAAACCAUGACCUUCUCUGAAGGAAUUAGGGAAGAGGGAUAUAAUAAAAGGCUUUGCAAGUGACAGCACUUCUGUUUUAAUUCUGUCAGGAAACCUUGUUGCCUCUUUGCAACAUCCCUUUCAAGCAGCAAACUACUGCUGAACCCUUGGUUAGUAAUAAAGCACAAAAGAGCUGCUUCUGAAGCAAAGCUACAGCAGUUGGAAUUUAUCUGGUAGUAUUCCCAGUGACAGUGCACAGGUACAAAUACAGAACUUUCAGGGUGUCCAUAAAACUUUAGGUCUCACACCAUUCAGCCCCAAUCCUGUGGCUCAGUCUAUACCCUUCCCCCAUACAAAGGGCUUCUGAAAAAGAAACAGAGUGGUAGACUUAUUCUCCUUUUUAUGAUUAACUGUUCAUGGCUCACUUGUACACAUUGCUAACAUUUUAAGCUGCCCACUGACUAACACAGAGGUUUAGCUAAAUAAAAGAAUCUAUUAGGAGAACAUUGUAGCCUACCAGGAUUCUCAGGUACUGGUCUUUAAGAUAACCAAACUUGAAUAAGCACAUUUCAAAGGAAGACACCAGUGUGAAGCCACUGAAAUCCAAUUCAUCAAGAAUACCAGGCACUAUGGGUCUAAACAGAAACAAUGGUUUCCUGUCCAUCAAUGUUAAUUAACAACACUGUUAAGCAGAUUGUGUUAUUACUUAUCGUUGCUGUUGUGAAGGGACACGUCUUUAUUUUAAUUGAAUUGAAUGGACUCUGUGUGACAUUUUCUGCAUUGCAUUUCCCCCUGAACUUGCUGCUUACAAUCCAUGGGUGGUGUACCUGGAACUGAGGUUAACACUUUCUGUAUCUGAUGAAGUGGACACAAAAAUUCAUGCCAUUCACGCCAUUAAAAUGUGCUAAACUUCAAGGUGCCACUUGUUUGCUAAACAAAAAAAGGGUGUAAAGGGCAGCUUAACACUAGGCAACUAACCAAAAGGAAGUAGAUCUUAGUGGUAGGGAAUGUCAGAGGAUAAUCUAGGGGAGAGUAGCCUUGAACAGUGUGCUAAUAUAGGGAAGGACCUGCAUGAUCAGAUGCAAGAGAAGGCAGGGCUCCAGAUGUGGGGGAAUUAUGAACACUGAAUGUUGCAGCAGCACACAAGUGAAAUCUUCUCUGUAAUAAUUUGCAUCCCUCAGUUUUUAGCAUAUACCACUUGAUAAUUUCCCAAAAGUACUUCUAUAGUGUUGUAGAUUCUGAGAGGACUUUGUGACUAGGUUGUAGCCAGUGGUUUUUCACAGCAUAAUUACAAUUAUUGUGGGCUUUUGGGGGGGGUUGUUUUUUAAGAAAUUCAAGUGCCAGUGAGUAUUUAAUACCAAGGAUGGACAGAGCAAUCCUAUGGUCCAGGCAUGUCACAUGGCUACUAUGCAUGAGUAGGACCAGAUAAAAUAGUCAUGACCCAGUUCUCACCUUGCAAAGUCAACAGGAUGCCAACAGCUGCAGAAACCAAUGCUAAUAUAGCAAUCCCAACAGACAUUCCCACCACCAUCCAUCUUCUUCAAACUUUCACAGCUGGAAAGUAAAGUAGUAUGUGUGUGAAAGGGCUUUGCAAACAUCCCUGCUACAGAGGGCUAUGGCAUCAUGGUGGCAUCAGGUGAUUGACAGUUUGGCUGCCAAUCCCCCAGCACAGGGGGUAUAAAGAUCUGGUCCUUCCAUGAGAAAAGUUCCUCCAUCCCUCGUCUAAGGGGAAGGGGGGGAGGACUUUGGCAAGCUUUAAGGGGAAUGUAGGUUGGCAAGUUGUAAGGGUUGGAGACAACUUUGGUAAGGAGUGAGGGGACAGGAUGGCUUUGGCAAUGAGUAAGAAGAUGGGGUUUUUGGGUAGGGGUUGGGGUUAGAUGGGGUUGGCAAGCAAAGCAAAGUGAGCAGCAAUGGUAGCCCCUAGUUAAUGUUCAUUUGUAGAAAUGGGUGGGAUAGAUUUUUAAAACAACAACAGUCUGCCAUUUUACACAGUUUGCAGUUGCUAAACUGUGGAUGUGUUAAACAGUUAAAGGAUACAAUGUCUUUCUUUCCUCUUCCAUCUAUAUUUGUAUUUACAGAUAGGAUCAGUUUAAUUUGAACUCGGUCUGUUCCAUCUGACAUCUAGAUCUCCAGCUAAUGAGAGACUGUGUAUCAGAGGCCCCAUCUGGCAUUAAUCCUUACAACAAUAAUGUGGAGAGUGGGGAGGGAAGUCUGAUAUGCUUAGGAAUAGCAGCAUAGACAGAAAUAAACUAAGCAGACUGAAGAAGCCAAAUGAAUAUAAAAUGAUUUUGCUGACUGGGCAUCUGAUACCAAAAGAUUCUCAGUUCAGAAACAUGGCAAAAGAAAUCCCCACAAAAUUAAAAGCCGUGAAGCUGGCCUCCCAAGGGAGGCACUAGCACUUUCCAGGAGAGACACAACCUGCCAGUGUGUGCCUUUACCAAGACACGUGGUGGAGUGUUACACACUCACCAGACUUGAAAUACCUGUGAAUGGACUGUGUGAUCCAUUUCAAUGAGCACACUCUCUUCACUUGUCCUACACAGGAUGUCCUCUACUUGAAGAACCCCAGAGCAAUGUUGAGCUCAUCUUUUGAGCCAGGGCACAUCUAACAACUAACUGGGCUUAGGCUUCAGUGGCAAGCUAAGAAUUCUGCCUGCCCUGCACUCAUCUGCCCCUCUUUGGCACCCACCUCUCCUCAGCUCCCCUUCACCUAGAGUCAACAUUAUGAGGAGCCAUUUCCAGCCUAGAUUAAAAUGACUCUAGAAAUGCUCCUUAAUGACUUUGAGAACCAGGCACACUUACCUGGGAAUAAACUUCAUUUAAGAUGGGGAAAAUACAUCUGGGUCAUUGGGUAUGCCACUUAAGAUCAAUUUAUUCUGUUUUAUUUCAUGUUUUAUUUGUGAUCCCAAGUAACUCACAGUCUUUCAAAAAUUAAAAAUUAAAAUAGCUUCUGCAAGCAAAUGAGAAGAUUGGGUGUGGAAAGGUGAAUCAUGCAAUUUUACUUUGUAAGACCCAAUUUUCAGGACACUUUUUAUAUAUUAAGAAAAGUUCAGCUUUUUAUCAGACAGCAUCAGUUGUUCCCAAUCCUAGCAUGGUUUGCACAUCAUUUUAAGCUAUAGUUAAAUGAAAGUACUGGUGCACACUGCUGAAUUUUUAGGUGCUUCUCUGCUCCUACUAUGCUUCUGGGAACUUAGCCAUAGCCUGACUUAGCGUUAUAUCUGAACUCAGGUUUGUGAUGUCUUUCUUCAAACAAACCAUGAGAAGUAUCCAAGGUUUAUUCUUGGUUUAGUUUUCAUGGUCCAAGGAAAACAAACCACAAGCCCAGGUUUGGAUGUAACACUAAGCCAGACUAUGGCUUAGUUGACCGUGCAGCAGGAGUGGAGGAGGAGCGAAGCAGUCACAAUAUCAGCAGUGUGCACCAGCCUGCUGCAUGUUCACCUUUAGUUUUGUUUACCCGUGGUUUAAAGUCCCUCUAACCUGAAAGACCCAGGUUCAAAUCCCCAGAUAGCCACUAUCAGCAUAACCUACUUGUUGUGGGGAUGAGAAGAGAGGAAAGGUUGAAUCAUGUAUGCCACCUUGAAAUGUUGGUGGAAUUAUGAGAUAAAAAUAUAAUUGAUGGUGUUGACUAAUUUUGGGUAGAAAGUGCAUUGUACAUUCAUGCAAAAAUGUGAUGCCUGGAUAAUUUAGCCCAAACAGCAACCAUGUUAACUAAUGUACUUAUUUGAGCAAAUGUAAUUACUUUAGCCACACAAAAAUCAAUUGGACCCAAAACGGUUCAUGUUCAAGAACUAAAAAAACAACUUCCAGGCAGCUUUAAAUAUUAUGAUAAUAUUUGCCUCUCAGUAAUGCAAGUUUUUGUUGCAGAUGAAUAAGUAUUAUUUCAGGAUCCAACUGAGCUCAAUAUAACAGUCACAAUAUGCAGGACAGUUGAAAAUAAACAUUCAUUAAAUAGCUAACAUGGUCAUAUAUCUUUGAGCUUGGUACACAAAUGAAUUCAAUCAAAAUUACUGAUUUAUGCUGGUGCUGUCUUUCUGAAGCCAAAAUAAAUAAUAAACAAAAAUCCAAGUACUUUGGCUGCACUGGUCUAUAUAUGUCAAACAAUAGUGAUAAAAAGCAUAAGCAUGUUAUAAACUUAUGUGUAAGUUUUAUAAAAGCUUAAUUUUCAUGACUUCACCCAAAUAAUUCUAGGAAUCCAUGGUAAAAGGGAAUUAUCAUUAAACUAGUUUAAGGUUUAGAUCUACAUGAGAGUAAAACCCUCAUAAACAGUGAGACUUACCUUCAGGGUAGACAUGUAUGGGAUUGUGCAUAACUUGUGUCAGACAUGCCCUCUCAAGAGUUUCUGAGAGAAACGUUCUGUUUCCCCCUACAGGAUUAUUCCCAAAUGCAGCAGGUCUAGAUGUCUCAGGGAUGUGGAAGGUUCCUUUAUCUUAAGAAAAUGUGGACUGUAAUGAAAACUACAAUUACCUAGCAUAGUGUUUAUAUAAAAAAUAUAGAUUCAUUUCAUGUAUAGACUAUUAAAAGUUUUUGCCCCAUAUCAUUUGUCCACCAACAAUCUAGAAGUGUUUGGGAAACUUUAUAUCUUAUCUCAAAGUGUGACAGUUUUCAUAUCAGCUUGUCUCUUUUAUAUACGUCGAACAUAAAUAUGGGUUGAAAUUUUUUUUAUGCAAAGCAGCAAUCCCUGGAGCUUUUAAUUUGUCACGUUUCUUGUAGCACAGUCUUUUCCUCAGAUGCUAAAAAUUUCAUUAACCCAAAUUGUUUUGUAAGUAUAGCAGUAAAUAAAUAUAUGUGACUUCUGCUUCUCUCCCCCCCCCCACCAAAAAACCCCAUGUCAUCCAUGGGCAUGCAUGGGUACAAGGAAUGAAGAACUGCAGAAUUGCUCAUCUUUUUGAAACCAGUCUGAACACUUUGUAGUCUAAUUCCCAGACAUAUAUCAUGUUGCUUUCAUUCCUUAUUCCCAUCAAAUAUACUUUUCCUGCUGUUUUAUUGUUUCCUUGCUAAUCUGGUGUGCAGAUUUCUAGCCUCUCUCUCUGUAACUGAAUAUGGAACACUAUUUAAGUGACUACCAGCUUUAGAUGCCUCCCCACUCCAGGUCCUAAAUCGGGAAUGUGGAACUUGUUGUUCUCCAGAUGUUUGGACUAUAAAGCCCAUUAUCCCUUACCAUUGCCCGUGCUGGCUAGGGCUGAUGCGAACUGUAGUCAAACAAUAUGUGGAACGCCACAUGUUUCCCAUCCCUCUCCUGAAUUAAAAAACUUUUUCCUGGAGUCAGUUUCUCAGUGGUACAUGUGAGAGCCACAUGUGUGUGCUUUUUCCUCCUUAACAAAAACACUUCCUUUUCAACCAUUUUCAGGCUGCAGUGAGAUCACCAUUUCUUUUACAGCAUGAGGAUGUGUGAUGAUUCACUGGCUUGUCUUCCCCAGUAUAUGUAAUGCUAAGAGACAGUUGUAUCUACAGCCAGGGUUUUUGUUUUCUUUGCAAAAUAUGUAAGAGAACAGGGAUCAAAAGGGCACUGGAGGAGAGUUACUCUACCAGCUGGGCUGUGUCAUUUUCAGCUUUGGGUAUACCACUGUUAUCCCCAAGGCAGAAACAUGAUUCACAAACUACCAAGGUUUUUGCAAAGAACUAUUGCCCAACUCUUCUGAACAUGUUGACAUGCCAGUCACCAAAAGUUUGAAAUCUGUUAUAAGGCAUAAAUAAAUCCUAUGCUAGUAAUUGUCAAUACAUGAAGUUUGAAACAGAAGAAAGAUCUGUUGAUUGGGUCUGUUUUGGAUGUGUUUCAAAAUAGUUGCGCCCCGAGGCCCCCAAGCCCUUUCCCAAGUAAAUAACUUCACACUGACAUGCAAUUUUGGUUUAGGUUAAUGGGCAAAAUUUAGGCCACAACUUUAUUGAUUACAGAAAAGUGAGUGGUGUUGGCUUAGGCAUUGACAACAGACUGUCUCCUGCCUCUCUGGCUGGUAGUCUGAAAGGGUAAGCACCAAACUAGGGAGCAACACCAAUGAAUAUCAACCGAAGCUCACCCCGGGGUUCCUGUGGUCCUGGCAUGGCCCCAGCCCCUCAAGCAGACUUCGGAUGAGAUCCAGGACCCCCCAGAUUCCUUUUACCCUUAUUCAUGGAGGGGCAGGUGAUGGCCACACCUCCCCUCCCACACACUUCGUUAAGCCAAUGCCUAACUGCCAAACCGUGCCUCAGCCACAUCACACUGCCACUUUUAUAGACCCUCACCAAUCACACCACCUGCACUGAUUGGCUCAAACGGCCUGGUGUGAUUGUGGGGCCAUACCGAAAAGGCCUGGGCUACGCCCAGCAACUUCAACCUGGUGGUGGUUGUGUCAGGGGCCCGUGCGCAACCAGGACCCUUGUUAAAGAGGAUCCCAUUUACUUAUUUUUGUUUGUUUGUUUAAAAUAUUUCUAGUCUAUUCUUCAUUACUAAAAUCAAUCCAAAUAAUGAAAACCAAGUAGUGGGGUAGGAGAGAUGGGGGGAAAGCACACAUCUGGCAACCAAUGUGCCCCUUGGGUUUCAGAUAGUUGUGGGUAGACCACUCUAAAAAGCCCAGGACACAAAUUUUCAUGGCCCUUUAGCAGCUACAGUGCUCAUUUAUCAGAAGUAAUGUAUUUAGCAUUAACUCUGGACGUGUAUGCUCGAUUCUGAUCAAACUAAGCUUCCUAGAGCAGAUAUUCUGCCACUGAGCUAUGACCCUUACCCACAAAACCACUUUUAGUCCUGUGUCAAGCAAUGAAAUUACAUUCAUAUAUAAAAAAAUCAGGAUUGCAAAAUGCAUGGCAGUGGAAGACUUACUAUGUAAUUAUAAUAUGAUAACUAUGUAUGGAAAUGACACGUUGCUGUCCUGCUACUGCUUGUAUCAGGGGAAGUGCUGUAGGCAUACAAUGGUCUUUCUCCUUCCGAACUCAGUGGUGGAGGACACCUUCCUUGCUUAGCCACCCAAAACUUUGUCAAUGAAUUGGAGCCAUUAAAUUUGGAUGAAAAAGCAAGCUUCAAAUAAAUGCACUCCAUAUAAAUGCACUUUACUUUAUACCAUCAAAAAUUUAAUUUUAUGCAAGGUUAGAGUGAUAGUCAGUAUUUCUCAUAGGACUAUAUUGUUUUACAUUAAGCUCUAAAUAUAAGCAAGCAAUUGAACAAAGCAUAAGAGUUCUGUGCCUUUGCAUGCUAUGUACAAAAAGUUGAUUUAAAAGUCCAUGUCCUUGAGCCUAAUACAGCACCCUAGAUGGUGAUCUACUGCUAAUGCAGACCACUUGGAAAAGACAAAUUGUUUUGGAUAGGCCAUUUUAUCUACACUUGUAAUUGCCCCUUAAUUAAAGGUUAAGGACUGUCAUUUGUAUAGAGAGGGGGAGGAAUUCUCAGUAGGAAACCCUGAAUGGGACUUCUUUGACUACAAAUGAGAAGUUCUCUGAGAUGCUCUCUUUAUUACUAUGUGUUAUCAUGCUGAAGCAUUUGUGUCAUGUAUUCACUAGUCACAUUGCUGUGCCUCAGUUUACUCAGAAGUAAAGGGAGAUCAAUGCCUAAAUAGUAUAAGCACAGUAUAGUGGUUUGUUUGUUUUUAAAGGACUUUUGUAUUUGGCUUGCUGUGUAAUGUGUGACUUGCCUCACUGCUUUAGUCAUUUGGAACCAUCUGCCUGCACACACAUUUAGUUUCCACUUUAUCUUCAUGACAUAUCUGAGUCUGGAAUCUGCUAUCCCCAGUAUUGUGCAGCUGGCAUGUAUGUUCCUAGACCAUGAGUGGCUCUCUGUAGCUCUCCAGAUAUUAAUGAAUGACAACUGCCAUCAUCCCUGAUCAAUGACCUUGCUGACUGAGGCUCAUGGGAACUGAAGUCUAACAAUGCUUGGAAAGAUCAUAGGCUGCCCACCCUACACCCCACCCCCACAACCAUGCACAGGAAUGCCGCCUUUUAAAUUUGUGAAAUGUAGGAUGGAAUGCCAAACUAAUCAUUGUUUCUUUUCUUCCAAAUAUGUGAUCAGAAAAUGGACCUCGCCUCCUUGUGGAAGCAGAUCAAACAAAAAUCUUCUCACAACGGGGUGGCAAUGUCACACUGCCAUGUAAAUUUUAUCGUGACCAUGGAUCAUCUGACUCGGGAUCCCAUAAAAUUCGGGUCAAGUGGACCAAACUCACCUCAGAUUACCUCAAGGAAGUGGAUGUCUAUGUUGAAAUGGGAUAUCACAAAAAGAGCUAUGGGAAUUACCAAGGAAGAGUUUUCCUGAAGAAAAGCACUGAAAACGAUGCCUCCCUUGUAAUCACAAAUAUAAUGCUGGAGGAUUAUGGGAAAUACAAAUGUGAAGUGAUUGAAGGUUUAGAAGAUGACACAACUGUCGUAUCUCUGGACUUAGAAGGCAAGUAGUCCUGGAAUUGCUGGUUGUUGUUGUUGUCAUAUUUCUUAUCUACCUUUCACCAUUAAGGUCCCGGGGCAGGUUAAAAAUACAACAUAAUAUAAAAUACAAUAUCAAAAUCAGAUAUAUGUGUGUCUUCAGCUUAUGGUGAAAGCUAUACAAUGAAGAUGACAGACACACCUUUUGGAGACAAUGUUUCACAGCUUACAUACAUAGAGCUCUUUAGAAAAUUUACAACUUUAACUGCUGCUAAAUCCCCCUACUUCCACACCAGUGUGCCAAUGUAUAUCAAAAGCCCUGAACUACCUACUUCAGAAAUAAUAUCUGCAAGGGCAGAUAUCAUGAACUACAUCACAUGCAGUUUGGUUCUUAGUCAAGCAAGGUUAUGUCACUUUCAUUAACUGGCUUAGAUCUAAUGCAGCAAGAGAUUUUGUAGGGAUGCAUUUGAUGUAUGCCAUUAUGUACAAAUAUUCAUGCUGCAACAAUCCAGGUAAUUUUGCAAGUGCCACAACAUUCUCUGUCUUGCAGUUUGCAGGCUAACAUGUCUGCCAUUCUGAUUUUAUUUUUUUUUUCCUCUUAGAAAAUAUUAACUUUGAAUCUGCUUCCCAAUAAAUAAACAAAUAAACAAACAAACAAACAAACAAACAAAUAUCCACUAAAAGUUGACAUGAAAUUAAGGUGACUUGUUUUAUUUAGCCAUGAAAUUAUCUGUUGUCUUUAAAGAAACAGAAAACACACACACACACAAACCCACAAGGAAUUUAAGCAGCUACAAGUUCUCUGUACAUGUUAAUGUUGUGGCACAUUUCAUUUUCUGUUCUGUCAACACAAGUUAGUUAUAAAUCAUUUUAGUAAUAGUUUUGGAUUUGUCUGUGAUGAAAUCAAGUUCAUUUUUAAGGGAGUGUCUUUUGAUUUGUGUGGUGAACUCCGCAAUUACAGGAAAGUAAGUUAUUUCUCUCACUUUGUAUCUAUCUGGUCCACCAGCUGCAACAAGGUGUGUUCAAGCCAUAAACACGUUUAAGUUGCCACAUAACUGACACUGAAGAAUACACGAUUGUGCACAAAUGGCUUCUCUAUAUAAUGCUUUUAAAAAAUUACUUUUUCAGUCCUGUUCUGGUAUCCAUUCAUAUUUAUCUCUGUGUUUUACUUUGUGUCCCUUCCAAAAGAGACUAAGGCUGCAAAAGCCCCAAAAAGGAAUGAGAUGGAAGCUGGUGGGCUUCUAAGAAUUUUAAGCUCUCUUAGUCCCCUGCCAUGCCCCCAAACCACAGCAUUAUUUAGACAUGCUUUUGAGCAUGCUUAGACCUUACCCUCCCCAUUACCUACAAUUUCUAAAAGAUUUAAAAAUCCAAAGCCCAUAAAUUCCUUCUGCCCUGCUGGUAGAGCCAGGUAGGAUAUUAAAUGAGACAAUCAAACCACAUUUCUCCUAAGGCUUGUAGCUGAAGUCACCAUAUUUGAGAUAAAAAUGACCAUAGGUUUAUAAAAAAGCACAUAUAUAUAUAUAUAUAUAUAUAUAUAUAUAUAUAUAUAUAUCUGGUUUGAUCUAGAAAAAAGGGCCUCAUUCAAUUAUAUGGCAAUCAUACUUUCCUCUCUUCUCUUUACAUUCUACAGGAAUGUUUAACUUCUUGCCAUGGUUAUGGAAAUUUACACUUGAAAAUGCAAAAGAGUCCCUUUAGAACAAUUCAGCAAAGCAUUAUCUUUCUUUUAGAACAAUUGAGUUUCUUUCCUACAUGACACUUGCACACAGUCUUCAGUUGCCUGAUGGAACAAGUGUAACCGCUGAUGAAACUGUGAAUCAAUAAGACAGUUGUCCCUAGAUAAUGGUCUUAUUGGAUGAUGCUUGGCAGAUUGACAAAAACAUUUAUUUCCAGGAAUGUCUCUAAGCUGGACAAAACAGUUUUUCAUUUGUAUGUAACUUCACUCAGAAACCAUAUUUGUCAUAACAAUGACAUCUACUCUCUGUUUCAAGGGGCUUCCUUCUCCUGGUGCUAAUUUUUUUGUUUGUAAGCUGCUUUAUAGAUCCUGGCUUUGCGAAUUCCCCGAAUUCCCUGAAUUUGUGGAUUCCCUGGGAUAGCCCUGCAAGUAAAGCCAUUGUGGUGCCCUCCAAAUGGUGUUGGACCACUGUUUCCACCAUUCUUGACGAGGCCAUGCUAGAUGGGGCUGAUGCGAGCUGUAGUCCAACAACAUAUAGUUAUCAUAUCAAUGAGGGGGGCGGGAUCUUGUAGAUACAGCACUAAUAAAACUUCAAAGUUUGUUCUGGGAUGGGAGAACCUUGGAGAAGGAGGGAUCAUAUCUUAGAGUUGGGGCACAUGCUUAUCAUUCCGAAGGUCUCUGGUUCAGUCCUUGGCAUCUCCAGCUAAGAGAAUGAUGUAGCACUAAAGUGACAGAAAUCUGCUAGAGACUGUGCAGAGCUGCUACCAGUCAGGGUAGAUGACACUGGACAAAUAGUUUUAAGGGGUUUAGGUCACCAGAAGAGCACAUGCAUUUCAUACAGAAGGUCAUGGAACCAAGCCCUAACAUCCUCAGGAAGGGCUGGGAAAGAUGAGCUCCUGCCAGUUGGUGGAGAAUGCCCUGGAUUGACCAAUGAUCUGACUCUAAGGCAGUUUCCUCUUUUCCUGACCUUGCUUCCUGAAUGCAGCUGUGGGAGAGCAAUGAAUUAUGGUGUGAGAUUUUUUAAAAAUCACAGUAUUACAGUAACAUCAAUUGGAAAAAUGCUUGUUAGGCAAAUAUGCAUGCCAGGUUAAGAUGGUUACACUAUGGUGGACUGCAGCAAGCUCUACUGUAUCCCAUGUUGACUCUGGCUAUGAGAAGUCUGACAUUUUUGUUUAGACUAGCACCAAAGGAAGCCAAUUUCUUUACUCUGGCUGAGGCUAGCCACUUUUUUUCCAUGUGGACUUAUGGUACAGGAAAUUUAAGUCUCUCUGUAAAUACAGACCCGUUAUUCUUAAAACUGAUAAUUGACUGCAGUGUUAACUCAGCAACUCCAGCACCCUUUGCAACUGUCACAGUUAAAAUCCUAAAUCUAAAAUUUGUCCUUAGAAAAUGGUAUCUAUCAAAGCAUAUUGAUUUCCACAACACAGGCUUCUCAGAAUGCAGGAAUCAAUGUUAAGUGGAUAUCAAACGUCUCUAUGUGACUGUUCUUUGCUCCAGAAUAUCUUCUGCCAGUAUUUUGGAAGAAGUAAAUGGAUGUCACUGUAUGCAGCUGGUAACCUGAGCCUCCAAAUGAGAGAAAGAUGGAAUUACAUGACUAUGGGAAAAAUAGCCUUUUCUGUUGGCUGGGUCUUCCAAGCUGAAGAGAAGUGUUCCUCAGCAUUCAGAUUUUGGCAGAGCUUUGGAUAGGGCGCAUGAAUAUUUAUUAGCUAAGUCUUUGGCUUAGUAGACCAAUAUUCAUUCUAUAGUGAAAAGCAGAUGUUAGAUAUUGCUCUCCAGUGGUACCUAAUAGCACUUCAUUGUCAGAGAGACUCAGCUUAUUUUUUUAAAAAACACACAUUUAAGAAUGCUAGAUCAUUAACAUCAACACUGUGCUGAAUAACUGCAAUAAGUGGUUUUUUGUACAAUACACUGGAUGACCAGAAACAUCAAGUGACAACAGCAGUUGGGGAAAUGUUUGCAUUUUAUAGAUGAAUAAGUUAUACCCAAUAUAUCUUAUUUAUCCAUUUCUUCCCUUUGAAAUACUGCUCUAAAUAAUCACCUUUUGAGCCUUAGUACCUUAGAGGCGUACUUGAAGAAGACUCAACAAUUUCAGUUGGUCCAAAAUACAGUGGCCAGAUUACCAGCUGGUGCUGCUAUUAGAACCCAUAUCACCCCUAUUCUAAAAGAACUCCAUUAGGUGCCAGGCCAAAUUUCCAGGCCCAAUUCAAGAUGCUUACAGUAAUGUUUAAACUCUCAAAUUAUUUAGGCCCCCCCAAAAUCUGAAAGAUCACCUCCUUCCCUACAAACCAUCCUGGUUGUUAAGUUCAGUAGAGAGUCCCUUUUUAGUUCCACCUCCAUGGACAGCUAUGAGUCUAAAAUUACUCCCAGGCUGUGCUCCUGGUCCUUCAGGGGCACAGGUACCCCAUUCAGGACCAGGGAGUCCCACACACCUGCCUGCCCCCUGUCCGCCCAAAACAGUACUUCUGUCUUGUCAGGAUUCAACCUCAAUCUGUUAGUCGCCAUCCAUCCUCCAUCCUCUAUCCUCCAACCACCUCCAGGCACUCACACAGGACACAUUCACCGCCUUCAUUGGUUCUAAUUUAAAAGAGAGGUAGAGCUGGGUAUCAUCCGCAUUCUGAUGAACACCCAAGCCAACUCCCCUGGUGAUCUCUUGCAGUGGCUUCAUAUAGAUGUUAAAAAGCAUGGGGCAGAGGACGGAACCCUGAGGCACCCCACAAGUGAGAGCCCAGGCACUGGAUUUAUCUUUGUCAUCCCAUGUUUCAGUAGUUCUCCAAGGAUGGUUUGAAAGCUUCAGCUGGCACAGAAUGCUAUGACUCUUUUUUUAACAGGACUGAGUGACACCUAACAUUUCCCUUCUAUUUUUGGUUCAGCUGCCCUGGCUUCCUUUCUGGGUUGUUGCAAGUUUUAAUAUGUGUUGCUAGGUCUUAAAAUGUCUUAUUAUUGAUACAUGUUUUUACAGUUUAAUUUUUAAUUGUACAUAAUUUCAGAUGCCAUAUUAAGGGCAUAGAAUAGGAAUAUUGUAAAUAAACAAAUACACUUUGUAAAUACAGAAAUAGGCUUUGUUUUAAUUUGAGCAUCUUCAGAAAAAUAGGCAGAAUUUUUAAAUGUAGACAUUGAUUCCAGUACAUAGGCUCUGCUUUCAGUUUGAAUUAAUUUUUCCUUUAAAGAAGGAAGUGGAGGAAGGUAUCUUUCACAGAAAUGCUGCAGACCUGUUUACUUGGGAAAGAUGCCAGUUUGGCUUUUAGCCCUGAAUAUGAACUAACUAUGCUUUACAAAAAUAUAACUAGAAAAUUUUAAACAGUUACUGUGUAAAUAUGAAUGCCUUGUUCCCACUGUACCAUUUAGAAUAUGGGCACAGAGUUAGUUAGCAAUGUAUUUUUCCUUUCUAACUCUUUGCACUUUAGUUUAUUCUAAAUUAUUCUCAAGGGGAGGGACUUCAUAUGUAUUUGUUUUAGAUUGUUCUCUGCAUUCCCACAAUGCACUGCUGUGCAUUUGACAUAAGAACCUGCCCUAAUACUGAGACUAUAAGAACAUUCAAAAAAUUCUGGAUCAGGUGAAAAGGUCCAUUUAGUUCAGGACCUUGGCAGAAAUUCAACAUUGCACUGAGGCGAUCGUUUCUCCAGGACAAGCAUUUUGGCUUGCCAGAUGGAACGAUCCUGUCUAUUUUCAACCCCUGACCCCCGAGCCAAUUUAAGGGGGGGGGGAGUAUGGUUUGCAGGGUGUGCAUAUGCAGGCGUAGAAGAGUAAGGGAAAGCCCCACUGAGCAAGCAGAAGCCCUUCUGCAGUGCUUCAACAGAUGGGACUUGCUAGCUGAAUCCUGCCCCUUGUAUUGAAGAGUGCUUAACUCCCCUGUUCAGCUAGGAAACUCCAAAAAGGGCUUCCCCACCAGCAUCUGGCGUUGACUUCCCUCAAUAAAUCUUCAUAAAAACAGUUUGAGGUCACAGUGGAGGGAAAAACCCAAGUAAUCAUUCUCCAUCUAACCUACCUUUGAUGCUAACCCAGCAGCAGAAUGGUCACAGAGCCAUAAGCCGGGAGCACACAUGCACAUGCCUUGGGGCUAAGCCAUUGUUUACUUUAGUGUGUGAUGUGUGAACCAAGACAUCCAGUUGCUGUUCAGAGAUACAGGUUUCAUGUAGCUACAGUAUCAGAGCUAACAACCACUGAUAUAUUUGCUCCAUAGAGAUGGUCUGAAAGGUGCAACAUGAAACAAUGCUUUAUGUGAUAACUGUUCAUUAUGACCCAUACCAAAGAACAUGUUUGCCCAGUUCUCCAUAUGUUGUUGUUGUUGUCGUCGUCGUCUAAAUGAAGCAGUCCCUCUGCCAACUUGAUUUCCUUUGCUCUUCUGGAUAUUCCCUAGGUUUCUCCAUUUUGGUAUGCUUGCUCUGUGGAGAAUAGAACUGAUCAAUGAGGGUAAUGUUUCUAAUUGGUGAUGGCCCACACUUGAGAAUAGCAUGCGGGAUUGGUGGCAUUCCAACAGGAAAGGGUGUGAUUCUGUCUGAUCUGAGAGAGAAGCCUUCUGUCUGCAGAGACAGGCAGAACUCUCAGACUAAACAGCUCAUUCGCUGACAGCCAAUAUCUCCAGAUAUAAAACUUAACAGGUUGCUCUUUUGGCAUCAUAUACAUGUAACUCUCUCACCACCAUAACCCCACACUUCCAGCAAAUGUUUCUUGCACCUCUUCUGAUGAUAUUCAUGUGUGAACACACACGUUUAAAAUUAUAGUUAAACCAUUCAUUUCACCCACUUCUAUUUUAUUUUCUCUCUCAGGCAUUGUUUUCCCUUACUUCCCACGACUGGGUCGUUACAACUUAAACUUCCACGAGGCUCAGCAAGCCUGCCUGGACCAAGAUGCAGUUAUUGCUUCGUUUGACCAAUUGUACGAUGCGUGGAGAGCAGGCCUGGACUGGUGCAAUGCUGGCUGGCUCAGCGACGGGUCAGUGCAAUAUCCCAUUACGCAUCCCAGGGAGCCUUGCGGUGGGAAGAAUACAGUGCCUGGAAUCCGGAAUUAUGGCUUCUCAAAUAAAGAUCAAAGUAGAUACGAUGUCUUCUGUUUUACAUCCCAUUUUAAUGGUAAGGAAUUUUGACUCCCUUUUCAAAGGGGCCCAUUGGUGCUUUAGGGGGAAAGAAUGACAAGCCGGAACAAUUUAUUACUCAUUUUGGGAAAGGAUCAUAGCUCACUGGUAGAACACAUGUUUCGCAUGCAGAAGGUCACAGGUUCACUCUCUGGCAUCUCUGGUUAAAAUGAUCAGGUAAUGUUUGGUGGGAAAGGCCUCUGCUGGAGACCCUGAGGGUCAAGUUCUGUGUUAUGGUUAAUACACACUGCACAGUUAUGCCUGUAAUUUUUCUUAACUUAAUUACAGCUGUAGAGGGCUCCAGUUGUUAUUUGCAUGGCAACAUGCAGGGAAGGGAGGGUUGCCACUAUUGAGAACUUUUUUUGCUAAGCCUCCUAGCCUAUGGGAGGGUGUUUCUCAGGGUGGGGGAUGCAGCUGGAGAGAGAAGGAGCAAGCCUCCACUCCCUGCAUGCUUCAAUCCUGAUAGCAAUCAAAUAAUCUGUACUGUAAUUAAUUUAAGAAGAACAAGAGGCACAGUUACACACUAUGCAUUAAUUGUAGUGUGUAGUUUUUCAUGAGAAACAGUGCCAGUGAGGUUCAACAAUACUGGGCUUGGUGGAUAAAUAGUAUGAUCUGAUACCAUUUUAUUUUAUUUUAUUGAAAUAUUUCCAUCCUAAUGAGAACCUUCAGCUCAAAUUUCAGGGGUGUGGUGUGAAUUAAAGGGUAGCUGUGUUUUUUGUCCAGUGCUAGAGCACAAUCAUAAAUGAACUUGCAAAGUCAACUGAAUUGCUCUAUAUAGCCUGGAAAUCACUGGUCUGUUUAGGAGGGGAGGGGAGGACCAUCACACAACAGACUUCCCUCUUCAGCAACAACUUGGACUGUCUUGUGUUCCUCAAACAUGGGCCUCUCCCAUAUGUCUUAACUUGUAUGCAUGUUGGGGAGCAGAUGUUUGGCCUGUAGCCUGCGAGCUCAGAGAUGCUCACAUUCUCCGCUUACGCACGCUCUGGGUAUUGACAAUUAAAUUUAUUUGCCCUAAAACAUGCAAAGAGCAAAUACUUCUCUUGCUUUGAGCAAUCCUGAGUUUGCUUUUCCAAAACAAAUAGUCUUCAAAACCAGAGUUAAAACAUUGUGCAAAUGUUUACCUGAUCCGGAUCCAGCUAAAUUAUUCCAGAAGGGGAUGGUUAAGUUAAUGCAAAUAAAUCCUGUGCCAUGUAAGCAGUUUUAUGCAGUUUGUAGAAAAGGGGAUAAAUAAUAAACAAACAACCAGGCAUGAAAAAGGGCUAGUCAGCCUUUGAAUAAUUGCAAUGAAAAUUCAUUUUACUCUGUAAGGUCUGGUUCCUUCAUGCCCCUUCUUCAUGUGCAGAUGUGUGAGCAUGCUUGCAUUAUGUAAUAGAACAAACUGCUUCCUUAGCAUCUCAAUUAAAAAAAAAACAACUUAUGCACAGACAUGGAAACAGGAAGACUAUUAGAAAGAAUAUCAUUAAUUCUAUAAACUUCUGCUGCCUUCCAUCCGUAAGGCUAAAGGAUGGGUGGUCCGGUAUAGGAAUUAAAGGGGUUGUAGACAGAACUAAAUGUGAACACAAUCUCCUCCAUACCCUAAAAGUCAAUUGAAGAAAGGGAUUGUGUAGUUUCCUAAUCCGCACCCAAGAAGGAUUUUUAAAAGGCGAAGCAUUAAUUGAAGGAGAGCUGGGCACGGAACCUUAAAGUCUGGGCUUGUGCCUGGAAAUUGCAGCAUGAGCCCCAUGUCUGUUGCAGCAAUAUUAACAGAGUCCUGUGUCACUUAAAGACUAACAAAUGUAUUUAUUAUGGCACGGUUUUAUCAAAUGCAUGAAGUGAAUUGAGAUUUCACUCCAGUUAAUGAUAAAGUUAGCUUUAGUCCAAGGAAGCUCAUGGUAUAAUAAAUAAAUGUGUUCAUAUUUAUGGUAAUGCAGUUUUUGCUGUGUAAUAUAGACAUUUUGUAACCUUCAUGGUUCAUGCCAUAUUUCAUUUUUUAAAAAACUUCAGUACUUGGUGCAUCACUUAAUAUCAACACAAGCUUCUGGUUUGUGGCUAUAGGUAAAUACAACCCCACUGUUUAUCGAAAGGCAAUGUAAUGUCCAGCACUAUUAAUGAGAGGCAUUGUGCAACCGCUCUUACACAAACAACAGUAGUCACUUCAAGAUUAUAUAGUGAGAUCUGUUGAAAGCUGGCAAAUGAAUAAGUAAUUUUUCUAUAAAAAGAGAACUGUAAUUUUAACUUCAUUGCUCAACAGUGAUUGCUUUAAAGAACUGUAAAGAAAACGUAUUAUAACUUUAUCUUGUUCUUGAUAUUUUCUCUGCUUUCAUUAGGCCGUUUUUACUACCUAAUACACCCAACCAAGCUGACCUACGACGAAGCAGUGCAUGCCUGCCUCAAAGAUGGUGCACAGAUUGCUAAAGUAGGCCAAAUGUUUGCAGCCUGGAAACUCCUGGGAUAUGACCGCUGUGAUGCCGGCUGGCUGGCUGAUGGCAGCGUCCGCUACCCCAUUUCUAGGCCAAGGAAACGCUGCAGUCCUACUGAAGCAGCAGUCCGCUUUGUGGGCUUUCCCGAUAAAAAGCACAAGCUCUAUGGUGUCUACUGCUUUAGGUCAUACCAGUGAAUGUCCCUAGAGCACAACAACAUCCGAUCCAUCAUGUGAAGGAUUUUGUUUCAACGAACUCAUGCAAGUUACCAAAACUGUGAUAAAUCUUUUUUACUUACUGUAAAGAGUCAUUUUCAUAAAAAAAAACACCAACCUAUUAAUUUGUUUUGGUUAUUUUUUAAAAAAAACUAUCAUUCAAUAGAUAUUUUAAAUUAAUAUAAUUUAAAGGAAGCUCUAGGUAAGGAAGUGCUUGAAGUGUAACUGUUUAAGCUACGUCAUUACAACAAAGCAUAUUUUUUCAUGAAUGGGGCAUGCAAUAGCUUGAUGAUUGCUAGGACUUAAGUUAAGGAAUGUAAGGCUACUCAAAGCAGACACCUUUCCGAGUUUACAUAUUUGCAUCAUGUUAAAAUAGAAUAAUGAGAUCUGCAGGUCUGAACUACAUUAAUCUUUCCUUGACUGCCAUGUGGUUUUGCGAGCAGUUAAAUACAAAGAUGUGAACACGAGUUAAAGUGACAGUGCUUUUUGAAGUCUGCAAUAUGAGAACUGCUUCACUAUUUAAAACCCUGCCUUUUAUCAAAACCUGCUCAAUAAUCUCAUAACAUUCCAACAAGCACAGCUAAAUCUUCUGAACGUCAUUCCCAGUCUUAUUGUGUAUGUAGUAGAUAAUGUGUGUAUGAAUAAUUAAAGGAUGGGCCCUACCUUCUUCUUAAUACAAACUAAAUAUGCCUGAGAUUUAUUGCAUUACCUUUGAGUAGCUUUACGGAGAGGAUUUCUUUUUCUUUUCUUUUUUUAACUCUAAAGGCCAUUUUCCUAAGCAGCAUUUACUCAGGGCAGUUAUAUAUAAAUGAACUGCUGGACAGAAAGAAACACAAAUGUCUGAAAUUUAGCAGCUUGAUUCAUGUUAGCUUUUAAAAUAGUAUUGUCUUUAUAAAUGAAGCAUUUAAAUAUUUAAUAUUUCUUUCUUAGUUAUACAUGUGAAAGACAAACAUUUGAAUGAAUCUUGAAACAUAUUUAUCCACUCUAUGAUUACAAAAGAAAAAAAACCUCUGAUCCCAAUUAUGAAAGUGGAAGAUAUUUCUGUAAUCAGUUCCCCAUGUACAUUCCAAUUUGCGAAUGUAGUUUUUCUUUGCAUUUCCCCACUCAUGGUAAUGUCAUGCAUAUGGUGCUGUCUCUCCACUGAAGUAAAGGAGCAAAGAAUCCCCAUGCCCACAAAUGAUCAGGAAGAAUGUUAUCUACUUCACCCAGAUACUUAUUUCUGACUCUCCAGCUGAUCAGUAUUCCGAUUAUGGGGUAUUAACCCCUGCUACAGAACCCAGGAAAAGUUACCUAUUACAUGAUAUUCCUGAGGGAAAGCAUUAAAAGAGCAACAAAUGCAACAGGGUGGGCAGACCUGCCUAGAAGACAAAAAUUAGUUCAGUUGAAACUAAUGGGAAAAGUUAGUCAUGAUUAACUGAAGUCCCAUGGCCUUCAAUGGAACUUAAAGUACAAUUCUAAACGUGUCUACUGAAAAGUAAAUCCCAUUCCAGUUAUUCCCAGAUAAGCAGGUUUAGGAUUUCAGCCCAACUAGCUGGACAGUUGACAGUGAAUCAAUUUUUCAAUAGUUACAGAGGCUUCAUGCUUGUAUAUCAAGCAUGGUUUCUUAUUUGCCAUGCAAGGUAGCCUUAUAAUAUAUGCCUGUGCUUUGAUAUACAUAUCACAGCAUUCAAAUACUUGUGAGCAAUGUAGUCAACUGAUUGUAAUCUUUACUGGUUUAUUUGAAGGGACCAGAUGUACUGAGUGUGUCCCACAUGGGCCAUUUUUUCAAUAGGAGGCAUAGAAUGUCAAGUGCUAGUUGGUGCCAAUGUAAUCAGCUCAGGGCAAUCUUACGUGGUUUAUAACUAAAAUAGGAGGAGGAGGAAGAAAAUCAAAGGAAAGGGCAUGUGCAUGCAUUGAUUAAAACAUAGUGCAAUUGUCUCAAGAUUCCUUGUUGUGCAGUUUUAAUCAACUUGCAGAUGUUCUGGUGCUCACUUUAAGACUGCAGAGGAUCUGUACCCAUGCAGAGUCUUGAACAUAGUCUGGAAAUAAAACAGAAUGGUGGGUCACUAAUGCAUUGGUGACACUCUGUAAGCAAGAUCAGAUAUAAUUUGGAACCCCCAAAUCUGGGAGAAAUGUUGUAAGCAUCCAAAGAAUUUACUGAGUGGAAGAGCAGCUGCAAUUCAUUCAUCAAUUUGUGUUUAGAAAGUUUGACUUUUGAAGGUUUCUGUAAUCUGGCCCAAGAUGUUAGGAAGAAGGGGGAGAGGGCAACAAUGGGAUAUAUGGAGGAAGAGAAAUGAAAAAAAGAGAUAAUCACUAAAGAAGAAAGGAGAAGAAAGAAACGGAAAAUUUGUUUCGCAUCCUGCCUAAUAUGUUUUCCUUUUCAGGAACAUGCAGCAAAAAUAUGAGAAGCUAAGAACUAAUGGGAUAAGAGUUUAUAGUCUAAAGCAGCCACUACAACCCCCAUUAGUCCCAGCUUGCACAGCUGGGAUUUGUAGUCUAAAAUAUAUAGAGGGCACCAGGUUGGGAAAGUCUGAUCUAAAGAAAAUGGGAGUGAGAAAGUUUUCCAUUGGAUAAAGGAAAAUAUAUAUUUCAGCAGUUGCUACACUGCACUCUGCCUUUUUUAGCACCCUGAGACUGUAAUCCUAUAUCUACUUAACUGGAAGUAAGACCCAUUUAACUAACUGGGAUUCACUUUUUGAGUUGAUAUUAUAGGAUUGAGCUGUGAGGCACUAUUAUUUGUAAAGAAUGCAAGGUUAACCUUUGCAAAGGUUACAUAGAAUACAUAGAAUAAUAAUCCAAGCUAUCAGAACCAAACAAUGGUUGUUUUUUAAAAAAUGACAUUCAUCAGUUUACUGUUAAGACAAAGGGCAUAUACUACUCUUUCCUUGGAACCAUGCUUGAUCACAUUUAAAUGCAAUUAUAUUCUGUAGUGUAGCACAACUGAUAUGCUUUCACAAAUAUUUCUGUGCAGUUUUUUAAAAAUAAAUAAAUCAGUUUCCUCAUGAGCUGAAAGAUCUAUUAACUAGGUUAUGCGGUAUGAGUGUAUUAGAGUUGUGAUAUAUUAUGGUUCCAAACAAACUCAUAAUACCAAAUGCAUCUUUGCAUGAAUUUGAAAAUAUCUUUUUUUAAAAAAAAAGAAUUGAAAAUGUUAACAUGUGUAAAAGAAUAAGGUGAAUGAAAUUGCUUAAUUUUCUUGAGAGUCAGUAUAUCUAGAAUGGACUUACGGUGUAAUUGUAUUGGAGAUUAAUUUAAAAUCCCCUCUACAAAUUUUACCCUCGAUUUUGUGGUGCUGAUUUAUCUGGUUAUGGUCAUGGGAUUGCACUGAAGAAUAAUUUUAUCCCCAUCCUUUUGUUAUGGAUUUUUGGACUUGGUUCAAUUUGCUCUCAACACUGCUUUCCAUUCUGCCACUUGUUCAUAUUAGGGUUUGGGGUUUUUCGUUUUCUUCUGAAGGUAAGCCAUGUGUACUAGUGAUUGUGUACGUCAAAACUACACAUUGCUUUUGCUUUGUAUCUGAUGAAAAAAUACAGCUAUUUUAAGCUCCUUGAUGCCCUUAAUUAUCAGUUGAGAAACACAUAUAGGGAGAAAGAGAUCACUCGGACAGCAGUGCAACCCUUUUAUUUCAUAAUGAGAUUGAGUACGCUAAAACAUUAACUAGAAACUCUUUUUAACUUAAGUUAAUGGGUGGGCAUUUCUGUGUGCUUUAAAAUACUUUAACAAAACAAAAACCCCAAGUCUAUCAAAUUCUUUAACUAGAAGGAACAUCAACACAUUUUUUAAACAAUCAUUUGCACACACAGUACCUUAGCUCCCAUGUACUUAGAGGAAUUUCUUUUUUAAAGGCUUAGAGAAAGCAAAUUACAUUGAAUGAUAUUCUGUGUGUCUCUCCCAAGAGCUGACCACACACAUUGAUGUGUGCAUUCAGGAACAAAUUACACCUGCUGGCUUGUACCACCUUAGAAUGCUUGUGGGGAUUACAUGUAUGAAUACUCUGAAUUGUCAGUAACGCCCUGUCCAUGGAAAGCUAGAAUGUCAAAGAUUAUCAUGUAGACUGAUAUAAUAUUAUGGUUCUAACAUGACAGCUUUUGAGUCUGCAUAUUUCUUACUUACAUUCAAACACUGAUCCACUACCUGAAUUCUAAAAUGAUACAAUCCCACAUUAAAAAACAAAACAACCUAGACUCUUGGGGAAUCUGGAUUUCUGAGUUCAGCUCUUUUUAAAAAAGCUUCACUCAUUUUAAUUUUUAGCAUAGGAUAACCUGAUCUGAACAAUUUCUUCCAAUAUUGAGAUAAAACACUUUGAAAAACAUGGGCCCUCUUGGUGGAAUUCAACAUCGCAUUAUUUCAAGUAUUCUAUCUGCACAAGCAUCGUAGCCUGACAGAUGGAAUGAUCCCCCAUUCUCCCAUGUGCAACUGGGGAUUUCAGUUGGAUUCCCCAACUCCACUGAUCUAAUUUCAGUGUAGAGGCACAUAGGAGGAGGAGUGAGAGGGAUGUCAUGUUAUGUAAGUGAAAGCUUUUGCACAGGGAUUCCACUGAUAGGGUCUGUUUGAUGAAUCCCACCAUCUGAAAUUUGAGUCUAGCCAAAAUCAGCUGUAUGUAGGAUCUGAUAACCGAACAGCACCUUAGCAGCACCCAAAUCCUAAAGGCGACCAAAUCCUAAGCCAAUAUAUCAGGACACACUGAAGGUAACUCUAGUGUAUGCCCGUAACAAGAAGGCUUUCCCUCAAGCUAUUAGCACAUCCCUGAACAUGGCAUGUGUAGAACCAUGAUUUUGAGGGUGGCAUCCAAGCAAACCAGUGCAGCACCAGAGAAAUAUUAAAAUGUGGCAAAGAGACAAGGCAAGAGUAAGCCUUUCCAAAACAAUUAAGGUCAAUUUCAUUUGAGCUCUACAUUUAGAUACAGUUGCAGCAGCUUUCCAGCAUUGCACCCAAUUCAAAUCGGUUUCUGUGCCUACAUUAUUAAAGACCUGAUGCAUUCAUUUUCUCUCAUAUAUUCUAACUGAAGUAAGAGUAGUUUUGGAUCCCAAGUGAUGUCAUAGUGCUGGUAUAUAAGGCUGCAGAAAAUAACUUCUUACAUUGUAAGGAGUUAGGUGGGAAAAUAAUAAAAUGUAAGCUCGCAAAGAAAAUCAAUACAAUGUAAGCAGAAAUGAUUUUUUUUAUAUAGUUGCUAAUAUGAAUAUUAAUACAUGAGCUUUACAGCAUUACUGGGACUUGCAGAGCAUUCUUCUAUGAGGAAAUGGUGCUUCAACAGUGUCUGAAGGGAAUGCUUAAGAACUGGUUUUAUGUCGGUGCUACUGUUCUUGGAAAGAAAGAAACCACCCUCGAUCAUAAUAAGAAAUGAAUUAAUGCACUGUGUCAUUUUAUUGUAUUUUCACAAUGUAUCUGAAUUUUAAUGUCCCCUCGUAUGGCAACAAUUAAAUCAUGUUGAUCUUUUC